AUGUCAACACAGGCACCGACAUUCACACAGCCGCUACAGAGCAUCGUGGCACUUGAGGGUAGUGCUGCGACGUUCGAGGCUCAAGUUAGUGGUUCUCCAGUUCCUGAGGUGAGCUGGUUUCGCGAUGGCCAGGUUCUUUCCACUGCUGCUCUGCCCGGCAUGCAAAUCUCGUUCAGCGAUGGCCGUGCUGUUCUGAGGAUCCCUGCUGUGACUGCCGCACACAGUGGAAGAUUUUCAGUCAGAGCCACCAACGGAGCUGGACAAGCCACAAGCACUGCCGAACUCCUCGUUACAGUGGAGACGGCACCUCCAAACUUCCUUCAAAGACUUCAGAGUUUGACAGUGAGACAAGGCAGCCAGGUGAGGCUGGACGUGAGAGUGACAGGAAUCCCAGCACCAGUGGUAAAGUUCUACAGAGAAGGGGCUGAGAUCCAGAGCUCCACUGACUUCAGGAUUCUCCAAGCUGGGGACCUGUACAGUCUGCUGAUUGCUGAAGCCUUCCCAGAGGAUUCGGGAACAUAUUCUGUCACCGCCACCAACAGCAGCGGACGGGCCACCUCCACCGCUGAACUGCUAGUUCAGAGCGAGGAAGCUGUACCAGCAAAGAAAUCCAAGACUAUUGUGUCCACAUCCCAAAUAGCGACUUCCCAGGCCAGAAUUCAGAGGAAGAUGGAGGCCAGUUUCCAGGCCACCACCAUGAGAGAGGUGCGUGGAGAAGAAGGAAUGAUGACUCAGCAUUUGGCUCAUAAAACCCCUCCGCGGGUUCCCCCAAAGCCGACCUCCAAGUCCCCACCGUCCUUUGUUUCCAAGGUGACGGGAGGACGUCAGCAGUCACCUUCACCUGUCAGACACGUGAAAGGGCCGACACCUACACCUGUCAGACCCGUAUCUCCCUCCACCAGACUGUCUGUCUCUCCCAUCCGACCAGUCAAGUCUCCUGUAAUGACCAGGAAACAGGUAUCUACCUCUGCAGAGGUUCUGCCACCCUGGAAACAGGGAGACUACGCAACUGAAGCAAGCUAUACCAGCAUGACUAGCAUGACCAGUGUUAGCAGCUCCACCCAACUUCAUAUGGAGAAACACUGGGAGCAGCAGGUGGCUGCCACCAGAGAGGAGGUGGUUGUCGUGCCUACAAGAGCCCAGGAACCUGUUGUUCCACCCACUCUUACUGCUGGACUAAAGAACCUGACCGUGACAGAAGGUGAAUCAGUGACCCUGGAAUGCAAGAUCAGCGGACACCCUUCUCCCGUUGUCAUCUGGUUCAGGGAGGACUACAAGAUUGAGAGCUCCAUCGACUUCCAGAUCAGCUACGAGGAUGGAUUUGCCAGGCUGAUUAUCCGUGAGGCAUUUGCUGAAGACAGUGGCCGGUUUACCUGCACUGCCACCAACGAAGCAGGAACCGUGAGCACCUCCUGCUAUUUGCUCGUCAAAGUUUCAGAAGAAAUUGACAGCAGAGAGGAAACAACUGUCACACAAAUUGGAAUCACACAAGCAAAAAUCGUUAGUGUUGAAACAAAGGAGCAGAUAGUGACAGAGGUGAGUGCAGGAGAGUCCGCAGCUCCUUUCUUCAUCAAGAAACCCACCGUACAGAAGCUAGUGGAGGGAGGAAGUGUUGUAUUUGAAUGCCAGGUCGGAGGAAAUCCAAAACCUCACAUUAUCUGGAAGAAGAAUGGUGUGCUACUUACCACAGGAUACAGAUACAAAGUUGUCUACAAGAAGGAGACUGGAGAAUGUAAACUGGAGAUUUCCAUGACCUUUGCUGAUGAUGCAGGAGAAUACUCCAUCUUUGCUAAGAAUCCCCAGGGAGAAGCCUCGGCCUCCACCAGCCUGCUGGAGGAAGAGGAAUACGAAGCAUAUAUGAAGCAGCUUGAUGUGACACAUAGAACUGAAGUGACUACGACAGUGGUUCAGGAACCCUCUGUGGUCCUGAGUCAGUAUGAACUGGAACAGAGGAGGGUAAUGGCCCCCGCAAGUUUUGUCUCAGAAACGGAAUUCCUUAUUUCAGCCUUUGAAGAAAGGAUAAUCCAGGAGAUUGAACUGUGUAUCAUGAGAAUCACCUACAGAGAGCUUGUGGCAGAGGAUGGAGAGCUGGUAGUGACCGUAGCAGAUGAGGAGGCAGUGCAGCCAGCCAUUGACACACCUGUGAAAAACUACAGGAUCAUGGAGGGAAUGGGAGUCACCUUCCACUGCAAGAUGGCUGGAAAACCACUGCCGAAGAUUGCCUGGUACAAAGAUGGCCAGCGCAUCAGGCCCGGUGGCCAUUACCAGAUGGAAGUUCUUCAGGAUGGACGAGCAAGCCUUCGUCUCCCUGUGGUGCUACCAGAGGAUGAAGGCGUGUACACUGCUUUUGCCACCAACAUGAAGGGAAAUGCCGUCAGCUCUGGGAAGCUUUAUGUGGAGCCAUCCGGAACUGUAACACCACAGAGAGCCACACCACAGCCAGCAGUACAGAGGAUAAGAUCCACAUCUCCUUGUUCUCUGAGUCGCUCACCAGGCCGUUCUUCCAGCCGAUCUCCUGGACGUUCUCCGGCCCGCCGACUUGACGAGACAGAUGAGGCUCAGCUCGAAAGGCUGUACAAGCCUGUAUUUGUAAUGAAACCCUCCUCAAUCAAAUGUUCUGAGGGGCAAACUGCCAGAUUUGAUUUGAAGGUUGUUGGCAGGCCAAUGCCCGACACAUACUGGUUCCACAAUGGACAACAAGUGGUCAGUGAUUACACCCACAAGAUAGUGAUUAAAGAGGAUGGUACUCAGUCCCUGAUCAUUGUCCCAGCCAUGCCACAAGACUCUGGAGAGUGGACGGUUGUCGCUCACAACAGAGCUGGACGGACGUCUCUUACUGUAACUCUUACUGUUGACGCUCAAGAAAGCGUGGCACGUCCUCAGUUUGUUGAAAAGCUGAAAAACAUCACUGUAAAGCAGGGCACACUGGUUGAGUUGGCUGUCAAAGCCAUUGGAAAUCCCCUGCCAGACAUCGUGUGGCUAAAAAACAGUGACAUUAUCACCCCUCACAAGCACCCACAUAUCAAGAUUGAUGGCACCAAAGGAGAAGCCAAAUUCCAGAUUCCAUCUGCUUCAGGCUCAGACAGUGCCUGGUACACUGCUACAGCCAUCAACAAGGCUGGAAGAGACACCACUCGCUGCAGAGUCAAUGUUGAGGUGGAUUUCACUGCCCCUCAAACCGAGAGGAAGCUCAUUAUUCCUAAAGGAACCUAUAAAGCUAAAGAGAUCGCCGCGCCCGAAUUGGAGCCGCUUCAUUUGCGAUAUGGUCAAGAGCAGUGGGAAGAGGGUGAUCUUUAUGACAAAGAGAAGCAACAGAAACCACAAUUCAAGAAGAAGCUGACAUCUAUCAGAAUGAAACGUUUUGGACCGGCUCACUUUGAGUGUAGACUAACCCCUAUUGGUGACCCCACUAUGGUAGUAGAGUGGCUCCAUGAUGGCAAACCUCUGGCUGCUGCUAACAGGUUGCACAUGGUCAGUGAAUUUGGCUACUGCAGCCUUGACUAUGAAGUUGCUUAUGCCAGGGACAGCGGAGUUAUUACUUGCAGAGCCACAAAUAAAUUUGGAGUUGACCAGACAUCAGCCACCCUGAUCGUCAAGGAUGAGAAGGGACUUGUUGAGGAAACACAACUUCCUGAAGGCAGGAAGGGACCAUAUAGAAUGGAUGAGAUUGAACGCAUGGCUCAUGAGGGAGGACCUGCAGGAGUCAGCGCUGAUGAGGAAUCUGAGAAGACAAAACCUGAUAUCGUCUUGCUUCCUGAACCAGCAAGAGUGCUAGAAGGUGACAUAGCACGAUUCCGCUGCAGAGUAACUGGUUAUCCAGCACCAAAAGUUAACUGGUACCUCAAUGGACAACUUAUCCGCAAAAGCAAGAGAUACAGACUUCGUUAUGAUGGUAUUUACUAUUUGGAGAUCGUAGACAUCAAGUCCUAUGAUUCAGGAGAGGUUAGGGUGGUUGCUGACAAUCCUUUAGGCACAGCUGAGCACACAGUGAAACUAGAGAUCCAACAGAAAGAGGACUUUAGAUCUGUCCUGCGUCGUGCUCCAGAACCAAAACUUGCAGAGGCUGCACAUGAGCCUGGCAGGAUUGGAUUUGAUGUUGUGAAGGUAGACCGACCUGGCGAGGCUUCACAAGACAGGGAAGUUGUUAAGCUGCGUAAGACACAGAGAAUUGUUCGUGAAAAAACUUCAGAGGAGUCUGAAGAACUGAAGAGCAAGUUCAAGCGCAGAACAGAGGAGGGUUUCUAUGAGUCCAUCUCUGCUGUAGAGCUUAAGUCUCGCAAGAGGGAUGAUUCUUAUGAAGACCUAUUGAAGAAGACUAAGGAGGAGCUGCUCCAUCACAUGAAAGAGAAGGAAGAAGCUGAAAGGAAGAAGAUGGAGGAACAGGGUAAAGUUACAAUCCCCACAAUAAAACCUGAACGGGUCCAGCUCUCUCCCAGCAUGGAGGCACCCAAGAUCCUGGAACGCAUUGCAAGCAAGACUGUUGCACCAAUGGAUGAGGUUCGUUUCAGAGUCAGAGUAGUUGGUAGACCAGAACCUGAGUGUCAGUGGUUCAAGAAUGGCAUUCAGCUGGAAAAGUCUGACCGUAUUUACUGGUACUGGCCUGAGGAUCAUGUAUGUGAAUUGGUCAUAAGAGAUGUCACAGCACAUGAUUCUGCUAGCAUCAUGGUUAAGGCCAUGAAUAUCGCCGGGGAGUCCUCAAGCCAUGCUUUCCUGCUUGUGCAAGCCAAGGCAGCAGUUAGCUUUACCCAAAACUUGGAGGAUGCAAGCGCCAAGGAGAAGGAUACCAUGGUGACCUUUGAGUGUGAAACCAAUGAACCAUUUGUCAAAGUCAAAUGGCUUAAGCACAACACUGAGAUCUUCUCAGGAGACAAAUACAGAAUGCACUCUGACAGAAAGGUCCACUUCCUCUCUGUGCUAAUGAUUGAAAUGAGGGAUGAUGCAGAAUACACCUGUGUGAUUGCAGAUGAUGAGAACAUUAGGACGAGUGCAAGGCUUCAUGUAGAAGGUGCUGCUCUGGAGCUCAUCAAACACAUGGAGAACAUUGAGGUACCAGAAACCUAUGCUGGAGAGUUUGAGGUUGAGUUAUCUCGUGAAGAUGUUGAGGGCAGCUGGUUCUUUGGAGACAAAGAGCUCUUACUCAGCAGUAAAUACGUCAUAUCCUCCCGUCGAGGAAGACACACAUUGUCCAUCAAGGAUGUCAGGAAAGAGGACCAGGGAAAAUAUACUUUUGUAUGUGGAGACCUGAAGACCAGUGCCUCACUAAAAAUGAAAUUGCGUCCAGUUACACUGAUGCAGCCCCUGACUGAUCUGACUGUCUGUGAGGGUGAUAUCGCUCAGUUGGAGGUUAGAUUCUCACAAGAGAAUGUUGAGGGAACCUGGAUGAAGAAUGGCCAGGUCAUAUCCGCCUCAGACCGUGUUCACAUUGUCAUUGACAAACUUGUUCACAAGCUGCUGGUGGAGAAUGUCAGCACAGAAGAUGCUGCCACUUACUCGUUUGUGGUUCCUGCCCAGGAUAUCUCCACCUCAGGCAAACUCAAUGUUCAAACUAUUGAAAUCGUGGUGCCACUGAAGGAUGUAUCCUCCAUUGAAGGCACAAAAGCUGUCCUGGAGGCUAAGAUCUCAGCUCAGGACAUCAGCUCUGUUAAAUGGUACCAUAAUGACAAACUGUUGAUGCCCAGCGACCGAAUCCAGAUGGUGGCAAAGGGAGCAAAGCAGCGUCUGGUCUUCACCAGAACCUAUGCAUCUGAUCAAGGUCGGUACAGACUAGUGGUUGGAACGGUUGACACCAGCUGCAGCUUCACUGUUGAAGAGGUACACAUUGUGCAGCACAUGGAGGACAAAGUGUGUUCAGAGUCCCAGAACGUUACCUUCAAUGUUGAGGUUUCUCAUCCUGGAAUUGACUCAGUCUGGACAUUCAGGAACCAGCAAGUCAAAUCUGGACCCAAAUCCAAGAUUGAGUGCAAAGGGAAGGCUCACUGUCUGACAAUCAUUGAUGCCAUGAAAGAUGAGGAGGGACAGUACAUGUUCCAUGCUGGCGAAAAAACAUCCAGUGCCAAGCUUACUGUCUCUGGUGGAGCCAUCACACGGCCCCUGCAGGACGUGACAGUGGCAGAGUCUCAGACUGCUACGUUUGAGUGUGAAGUUGCCAAUGCCAGUGCUGAGGGCCAGUGGCUUAAGGAGGGCCAACCCAUGGACUUCAAUGAGAAUGUGGUGAGUGAGGUGAAUGGAGCCAUCAGGCGCCUCGUCAUCAUCAUUACCAGGCCACAGGAUGUCGGAGAAUAUACCUACCAGGUGGCCAACUCCAAAACUACAGCUAAUCUCAGGGUGGAGGCGGUGAAGAUCAAGAAGACUCUGCGGAACCAGACUGUGACGGAGACCCAGGAAGCAGUGUUCACGUUGGAGCUCACCCACCCGGAUGUGAAAGGAUCCCAGUGGAUUAAGAACGGUGUUGAACUGCAAAACAGCGAAAAGUAUGAGAUCAUCUCCAGUGGCUUGGUCCAAACACUGAAGAUCAAGGAGUGCAACAUCCAGGAUGAGUCGGUUUAUUCCUUCAAGCUGGGAAAACUGUCUGCCAAUGCCAGACUCAAUGUAGAGACAAUCAAAAUUGUGAAGAAGAUAAAGGAUGUGACCUCUCUGCUGGAUGGCACAGCCUCCUUUGAAAUGAGCCUCUCACAUGAUAACAUCCCUGUUAGGUGGAUGUUUAAAGGGAUGGAGCUGAAAUCCAGUGAGAAGUGCAAGAUUCUGUCUGAGAGAAAAGCACACAAACUCGUCCUGCAGAACGUGGACAGCAGCAACGCAGGAGAGUACACGGCUGUGGUCGGACACCUGCAGUGCAGCGCCGUGCUCACUGUGGAGGCUCUGCGGGUAACUAAACCCAUGAAAAGUGUGGAGGUCCCAGAAACUCAGGUGGCCACAUUUGAGUGUGAAGUUUCCCAUUUCAAUGUGCCAUCCACCUGGCUGAAGAACGGUGUGGAGAUCGAGAUGAGUGAGAAAUUCAGGAUUGUGGUUCAGGGAAAACUCCAUCAGCUGAAGAUCAUGAACACCAGCAGGGACGACUCUGCAGAGUACACCUUCAUCUGUGGGAACGACCGAGUGUCUGCAACUCUUACCGUCAACCCUGUCCUGAUCACCUCCAUGCUAAAAGACCUAAAUGCUCAAGAGAGAGACACUAUCACCUUUGAGGUCACCGUCAACUGUGAGGGCAUCACCUACAAAUGGCUGAAGAACGGUGUGGAGGUCAAAUCAUCGGACAGAUGUCAGGUCCGCAGUCGGCAGCUCACACACUCACUCACCAUCCGAAACGUCCACUUUGGAGAUGGAGGAGAGUACAAGUUUGUGGCCGGCUCUGCUGCCACCUCUGCUAAUCUCGUCGUUGAAGCUCGUGUGAUCGAAUUCACCAAGAAGAUCAAGGACAUAAAGAUCACAGAGAAAAAGAAGGCAGUUUUUGAGUGUGAGGUUUCUGAACCAAACAUCCAGGUGAUGUGGAUGAAGGACGGUCAGGAGCUGGACAUGUCUGAGGAAAGGUACAUCGUGACAGCAGAGAAGUAUGUUCACCGCCUUAUGAUCCAGACGGUUCGAAUGUCUGAUGCUGGAGAAUAUUCAGUGGUGGCUGGAUCAAGCGUCUCCAAGGCCCAGCUUACUGUGGAGGGUCGCGACAUCCGGAUCUCUGAACCUGCUGAACGGGAAAUAGUGGUUCUGGAGAAACACCGUGCAACAUUGGAGUUCGAAGUGAAUGAAGAAGAUGUCGAGGGUCGCUGGCUGAGGAACGGGGUGGAGAUCCAGUUUUCAGUGGAGGACAGGUUUAACUAUGUGACCAUCAGGAAGCUGCAUCGACUCACCAUCUCAGAGACCUACAGGAGUGAUGCUGGCGAGUACACUUUCAUCGCUGGAAAAAACAGGAGUACCAUGCAACUUCGAGUCAACAUCCCUGAGCCUCCUCAGAUCCUCCGCCACAUGGAGCCCCAGUCGGUGGAGGCUGGAAAACCUGCUCGCUUCUCAGUGCAGGUGAGCGGCGUUCCCCAGCCGCAGGUUUUCUGGUACAAAAACUCCCAGGCUCUCUCCCCCGGCUUCAAGUGCAAGCUCCUGCAUGACGGCAAUGAACACACACUACUACUAAUCGAGGUCUUUCCCGAAGACGCUGCUGUCUAUGACUUUGAGGCCAAGAACGAGCACGGCACUGCCACAAGCAGUGCAACACUCAAUGUUGAAGUGUCAGAGGUGGUUUCUCCAGACUCCAGUGCUACUGUUGCUCCACCUGUUGUCAUCUCACCCAUUACCAGCACUUCAGCUCACGAGGGAGAACCCGCUUGCUUCCAGUGCAGAGUCCGUGGAGAUGAUGUGAAGAUCAGCUGGUUCCACAAGGAACAGGAAAUAAAACAGUCAGAAUUCUUCAGGAUCUCUCAGUUUGAUGACAGCUGUCAGCUGGAGAUCUCCAGGGUUUAUCCAGAGGAUGAGGGCGAGUACACCUGCAUGGCCUCAAACAGUGGAGGGACGGUAUCCUGCUCUGCUACUCUUACACUGGAUGUGACUCACAUGAGAGAGAAGAUUGAAGCCAAAAUUGAGCAGGAAGUCAAAGUGCCACCUGUCUUUAGGCAGAAAAUCACACCUCUGGAGAUAAAUGUCGGCAGUCACGCCAAGUUUGAAUGUGAGAUUGAAGAAGCGCCGGAUGUCACCUUCAAAUGGUACAAGUCUGGCACGGAAAUCAGACAGACUGAAAAGUAUCGCAUCCUCAGUCGCCACAGUGGUUCCUCUUUAGAGCUCGUGAACCCCAUCAAAGCUGACAGUGGAGAGUACACCUGCAAGGCUUCAAAUCAGCAUGGCACAGACAGCUGCACUGCCUCGCUCAUUGUCACUGAGAUGUACCCACCAGUAUUUGUAUCAAAACCAGACCCAAUGACUUUAUAUGUGGGAAAACAAGCUGUGUUCCAGUGCUCACUUACUGGAUCCUCACCUAUGGAAGUUGUCUGGCACAAGGACAGCAUAGCCAUUUCCUCUGAAGGGAACUAUGUCAUGAAAUGUGAAAAGAACAAGUAUUCCCUUCACAUUAAAAGUCUUGAACUCACCAAUCAGGGAACGUACCUGUGCAAGGCAUCCAACAGUGUUGGCACAGCUACCUUUACCACAGAGCUCAAGGUUAUUGGCAAGCCCAGCUUUGUUAAGAUCAUUGAGCCAGCAUCUGCAGCUGUUAAUGACCCGCUGAGGCUGGAGUGCCAUGUGAAUGAGGACACUGGUGUGACUGUCACCUGGACCAGGGAUGGCAAAAAAGUCCACCAGAGUAUGGAGUGUAAACUGUCCUUUGAGGACAAGGUUGCUGUUCUGGAGAUACCAAAGUCCAAAGUAAAGGACUCUGGGAAAUAUGUAUGCACAGCCGCGAAUGAGGCUGGCAGCUCCUGCUGUGAGGCUGUGGUAACAGUUCAAGAGCCCCCACUCUUUGUGAGGAAAAUGGAACCUAAGAUUACAUGGAAACAGGGUAUAGCUUCGCGCUUACAGUGCACAGUUAAAGGAUCACCUGAACUUCAUAUCCAGUGGUUCUGGAAUGACAGAGAGCUGAGUAAUGGAGACAAAUACAAAAUCUCUUUCAAGAAUGGAGUUGCUACUGUGGAGAUAAUGAACCCUCUGGUCACAGACAGUGGGAGAUACACCUGUGAGGUGUCAAAUAAUGCUGGCAGUGAAAGCUGCAAUACUCUUUUAGCUGUUAAAGAACCACCAUGCAUUACAAAAGAGCUGCAGACAGUAGAGGCAGUGAAGGGUGCAGUAGCUCAGCUGGACUGCAAAAUCACAGGAACAGCUCCUUUUGAAAUUACCUGGUUAAAAAAUAAAAAACCCAUCGCCAGUGAUCAGAAAUAUAAAUUGAUGUCCCAAGAUUCAAUAGCAAGGCUGGAGAUCCAAUCCUUUGACACUACAGAUAUUGGAGAUUAUCAGUGUGUCAUAUCAAAUGAUGUGGGAAAAGUCAUCACUAAGGCUACGGCUAAACUUAAAGAUCCACCAACUUUCUCAAAGAGGGUUGAGAGUGUUACAGCGGUGCUGGGAAACACAGUAAAGCUACAAGGAAUGAUUAAGGGUUCAACUCCUAUAACUGUUAAAUGGAUGAAAGACUCUGAGAUACUAAGAGAUGACGAUCCAAAUAUCAAGAUGCUGUUUGAGAACAAUGUUGCUAGUUUGUUGAUAACAACCGUUGCCAUCAGCCAUGGUGGAAAGUAUUCAUGCCAAGCAGAGAAUGAGGCUGGGCAACAAAAGUGUGAAGCCACCUUGACAGUGCAAGAACCUGCCAGGAUUGUAGAACCUGCAGAGUCCAUUAGUGUGACAGCAGGGGAUUCAGCUGCAUUGGAAUGUACAAUCUCUGGAAGCCCAGAUCUCAGAGUGAAGUGGUUUAAAGAUGGAAAGGAGAUGAUCAGUGGCCGUAAAUAUAAGAUUACUCUGAAGGAUAAUAUUGCCACCCUGAAAAUUCUUGCAGCAGAAAAAGGAGAUACUUGCGAGUAUAAAAUGGAAGUCUCAAAUAAAGUUGGGAAUGACCAGUGCACAUGCUCAGUCACUGUCUUAGAUCGGACAAUGCCUCCAGCUUUCACCAAGUCACUGAAAAGAGUUGAUGGUAACAUUGGUAAUGAUGUCUUUAUGGAUUGCAAGGUGUCUGGGUCACAACCCAUGACGAUAACUUGGUUCAAAGAUGACCAGGAAGUUGUUUCUGGAGCCAGAUUCCAGCCUGAAUUUAAAGAGAGUUCUGCUAUAUUGAGAAUCACGUGUCUGGAAAAGGCUGAUUCUGGUGUUUACAAAUGCAGAGCAACUAAUUCGGCUGGAUUUAAAGAAACCAGUGGCACGCUCUAUGUCAGAGAGCCCCCGGCAUUCACAGUGAAACCAGACAACCAAGAUGUUAUACCAGGAACUACGGUUUCCUUCAGAGCAGCCUUCACUGGAACUGGUCCUUUAACUGUGAAGUGGUUCAGGGAAGAAAAGGAGAUUAUAACAGGGGGCACUUAUUUCAUAAAGAAAGAUGCCUCUUCAAGCUCUUUGGAGCUUCACUCUGUGAAGCCCACUGACUCCUCUAAAUACACAUGCCAAGUAUCCAAUGAUGCUGGGAAGGCAGAUUGCACAGCAGUCCUCUUUGUGAAAGAACCUCCCACGUUUGUGAGGAAACUUGAAGCAACCAAGCUCAUCACCAGUGGUGACUCUCACAGGCUGGAGUGCAAAGUGAAUGGCAGCCCUGUCAUCAGUUUCAAAUGGUUUAAAGAUGAAAUGGAGAUCAGUACCAGUACUAAAUACACAAUUACCUUGAUUGACUUAGUGGCAAUUCUAGAAAUAGUUAAUUGCACAGUAGAGGACAGUGGCGAUUAUGUCUGCGUGGCAUCAAGUGAGGCUGGAAGUGACCGCUGCACCAGUACAGUUACAGUCAAAGAACCACCAUUGUUUGUGCGUAGCUUGGAGCCCAAGGAUGUGGUGAAAGGUUCUGAGAUGAUGCUAGAGUGCCAAGUCUCUGGUUCUGCCCCUUUAACUGUGUCAUUUUAUAAAAACUCGAAAGUGGUUAGGAAUGACAAAAGACACAGGAUUACUGUGAAGGACGAUCUGCUAGCUCUGCAGGUUCUGGCAGUAGAGACAGGAGAUGCUGGUUUGUACCACUGUGCUGUUGAGAAUGAAGUUGGAAGGGCCUCCUGUGAUUGUCAAGUAACACUAAAAGAACCACCAUCAUUUGUGCAAAAGCUUGAGAGCCUUAGCUCACUGGUGGGCAGUGAGGUUUCUCUGCAUUGCAGUCUGAAAGGCUCUGAGCCCAUAACUGUGUCCUGGCUAAAAGACAACCAUGAGCUCAAGGAGGCUGAAAACAUUCAGAUUACAUAUGAGAAUAAGACUGCUCUGCUGCACAUCACCAACUUACAGAGCAAUCAUGGUGGUAAAUACUCUUGCCAGGCACAGAAUCAGGCCGGCAGCCAGACAUGCUCUGCUGUGCUGACAGUCAAAGAACCAGCAAAAGUCACAGAAGAGGCAAAAUCUAUCAGUGUGACUCAGGGGGAUCCAGCUACUCUGGAAGCCAGGUUCUCAGGCACAAAACCCCUGAAGGUCAGAUGGCUAAAGGCUGGCAAGGAGCUGACCUCAGACCAGAGAUAUAAAGUACAGAGCAGAGACACCAGUUCUGUGCUGAAGAUUAUUAAAACUGAGAAAAUGGAUGGUGGUGAAUAUACCUUUGAGGUGUCAAAUGAUGUUGGCAGAAGUUCUUGUGAUGCCACACUCACCAUUCUUGAUCAAAUAAUCCCACCGUCUUUUACGAGAAAGUUGAAGCAGACAGAGGGUAUCAAAGGAUCAUUUGCUCAUCAGGAGUGUCUUGUGUCAGGUUCCCUUCCAAUAACUAUACAGUGGUAUAAAGAUGAGAAAGAGAUCCAGACAGAUGAUAAACACAAAUGCACAUUCUUUGAGAAUGUUGCCUUCCUUGAAAUCUCUGAUCUGGACACUAAAGACAGUGGUAAUUACACCUGCAUUGCUAAAAACAAAGCAGGAACAGUCCAGUGCUCUGGGAUCUUAUUUGUGAAAGAACCCCCAUGCAUUCUUGAAAAACCUGAAUCCAUGAAUGUUUUGCCUGGCUCAAAAGUCCAAUUUAGUGUACUGUUCUCUGGCACACCGCCACUCACCACCAAAUGGUUUAAAAACAAAAAGGAGAUCCUAUCCGGCGCUGACUGCUCUGUGAGCAAAGACAACACCUCGAGCACGCUGGAGCUCUUCUUUGCAAAAACCGUAGAUUCUGGAGACUAUGUCUGCGAAAUAAAGAAUGAUGUUGGCGCCACUUCAUGCCAAGCAACACUCUUUGUCAAAGUGCCUCCUAAGUUUACACAGGUCCCAGCCUGUGUGUCAGUAAUACGUCCUGGUCAGAGUGCAGUGUUUGAGUGCCAGGUGACUGGCACACCUGAGAUUGACAUCUACUGGUUCAGGGAAGGCUCUGAGAUCACCCCCAGUGAUCAGUACAAGAUGACCUUUGUUAAUUCUGUGGCAACUUUGGAAGUCUGUGGAGCUGAUAUUAAACAUAGUGGGCUUUAUUACUGUGAAGCUCGCAAUGAAGCUGGCAGUGAGAGCUGCAGCAUGGAGCUCAAGGUCAAAGAACCACCAUCAUUUAUUAGAGAACUGGUUCCAACUGAUGUUGUGAAGGGCUCCAGUGCCAUUUUUGAGUGUCAGGUCACUGGGACAGGUCCAUUUGAGAUAACAUGGCACAAAGAUGGAAAGGAGAUGAAACCCAGUGCUAAGCAUGGCUUCUCUCAGUUAAAUGGCACUGUGUGUCUUGAGGUGCACAAAUGUGAUACUGUAGAUAUUGGUGAAUAUCAGUGUACUGCUGCUAAUGAGGUGGAAAGCUGUACUUGUAAGACUACACUAAGCCUCAAAGAACCACCAGUAUUCACCAAGAGAAUUGAGAGCACUGCUACUGUUCUGGGUAAAAUGGCAGAAUUUCAGUGCAUUGUGAAGGGCUCUCCCACUCUCUCUGUACAGUGGAAAAAAGAUGAGAAUUGGAUUUUGGAGGAUCCAAAGAUUCAGAAAACAUUUGAAAACAACGUGGCCACCCUCAGGAUUCCUGCCUGUGAGGCGAUACACAGUGGCAAAUACACCUGCCAUGUGGUAAAUGAGGCUGGGCAGGAUAAGUGUUUUGCCAGCCUCACUGUGGAAGAGCCUCCACAGAUCACAGAGAAACCUGAGGUUGUAAAGGUUACAGUUGGAGAUCCAGUCAGUCUCUACUGUAAGGUUACAGGCUCCCCUGAACUCAAGGUGAAAUGGAUGAAAGAAGGCAGGGAGCUUAAGUCCAUAAGGCAGCACAAGCUGAUCUUUGAAAACAACAUCAGCAGCUUAAAGAUUCAGGCUGCUCAGAAAGAGGAUGAAGGAGAGUAUGUCGUUGAGGUGGUAAACCACAUCAGUAGCUGCACCUGCAAAGUCAAACUGAUUGUACUAGAGCAAGUAAUUGCACCAAGCUUCAUCAAACCCCUGGUAGAUAUGCAAGAGAUACUGGGGUCCUUUGUCCAAAUAAGUUGUAAAAUAUCUGGUUCCCUCCCCAUCUCUGUGGAAUGGAAGAAAGAUGGAAUCAAAAUUUCUAGUGGUGUAAAACACAAGCUUAUUCAGCAGGACAAUUCUGUGUCCGUUGAAAUUGAACAGCUAGAGAGAUCCGAUGCAGGGUCCUACUCUUGCCAACUGACUAACACAGCAGGAAGUUGUGAGUGCAGCGGGUCUCUCAUGGUCAAAGAACCCCCCAGCUUUGUGACAAUGCCUGAGUCCCAGGCAGCUCUACCUAAAGCCUCUGUACGCUUCAAGGGCACUUUUAAGGGAACUCCUCCCUUCACAGUCAAAUGGUUCAAGGAUGAUAUGGAGCUUUUGACUGGGCCUACUUGUUUCACGGGGCUGGAUGGGCUGUCUUGCUUCUUAGAGCUCUAUUCAGUGGGUGUCACUCAGAGUGGAGUUUACUCUUGCCAAGUCAGCAACGAUGCUGGUUCUGUGCACUGUACUGCAGACCUGACAGUAAAAGAACCACCUGAAUUUCUGCUCAAACUCCCUGCCAAUAAAUUUGUGAAGCAGGGUGAGUCACUCCGCCUGGAGUGCAAAGUCAGUGGCACAGCCCCUCUGAAAAUUACCUGGUACAAACAGGACACCAAGGUCACGGAUGGGGGAAACUACAGGACAUCGUUUGUUGAUUCAGUAGCAGUGCUUGAACUGGUCUCCACUACUUUUGAUGAUGAUGGCGUUUACACCUGUGAGGCUCAGAAUGAUGCUGGCAGUGUGAGCUGCAGCACCACACUUACCAUUAAAGAACCCCCAUCUUUUGUCAAAAUCCCUCAGCCCGUUGAAGGGCUGAAGGGUAAGGACGUGGUUUUGUACUGCGAGAUGUGUGGUACAGCCCCAUACCAAAUCACCUGGUUUAAAGACAGGAAACCUUUGAUGGAGAGCAGGAAGUAUAAGAUGGUGAGGGAGGGCAGCUCAGCCACUCUACAUGUCAUUGGGAUAGAACCCUCAGACGCCGGCGAAUAUGAGUGCAAAGUGUCAAACAGUGUAGGAAGUGAUACCUGCCAGACAUCAGUUAAACUCAGAGAGCCACCAUCAUUUGUGAAGAGACUGUCAAACAUGACAGUGAUACUGGGAGGGGAGGUGACCCUUGUGGCCACUGUUAAAGGCUCUGAACCCAUUACUGUGUCCUGGGUUCAAGACAAGGAUCACAUUCUCAGGGACAGUGACAACAGGAAAAUCACCUAUGAGAACAACCAGGUCGCACUUAAAGUCUUUAAGGCUGAUGCAGCUACAGCAGGCAAAUAUACCUGCCAACUCAGAAACGAUGCUGGGAGUGUGGAGUGUUUCGCUAACUUGACUGUUCUAGAACCUGCUAAAAUAGUGGACAAGCCCGAAGCUCUGAGUGUGACAGCAGGUGAUAUAGCUGCCCUUGAGGUCAAAGUGUGUGGAACCCCAGAGCUCAUACCUAAGUGGUUCAAAGAUGGUGUUGAGCUGGCUUCUGGGAGGAAAUACAAAAUCUCAUUUUCGAGGAUGAUUUCCAGCCUGAACGUGCUGUCUGCGGAGAAAAUUGACUCUGGAGAAUAUACAUUUGAGGUUAUGAAUGAAGUCGGGAAGGACCUGAGUAAAAUUAAUCUCACUGUUUUAGAUAAGAUCAUUCCUCCAACAUUCUCACGGAAACUGAAGGAUUGCAACACUGUUGUUGGAAAAGCUGGAGAGAUGGAGUGCAAAGUGUCUGGCUCCCCUCCUUUUAUCAUUUCAUGGUACCAUAAUGAGGAGGAGAUAGAGAGUGGACCAAAUUAUGAGAUUUCAUUCAGUGACAACAACUGUGCACUAAGGGUGCCCACACUGAAGCUGACUGACACUGGAGUAUACAAAUGUAAAGCUGUCAACAAGGCCGGUGUGACUGAAACCACGGCCUCCUUGGUUGUCAGAGAACCUCCAACUUUUGUGGUGCCACCACAGCCAGUGGAAGCCAUGCCGGGCUCUAACGUGACUUUCUCAGCCAUAGUGAAGGGCAGCACCCCUCUCAGACUGAAGUGGUUCAGAGGAACAAAGGAGAUCGUAGCAGGGCAUGGCUGCAAUUUCUCCCUGAACAAUAACGAAGUUCUUCUGGAGCUGUACAACGUGAACAGAUCUCAUGCUGGAGAGUACACCUGUCAGAUCAUUAAUGACGCAGGACAAGAAAGCUACCCAGUGAAUCUCACUAUCAAAGAACCAGCAGCUUUCUCAAAGAAGCUGAGGGACAUGUCAGUUGAGAAGGGCAAACCAUUAACUCUGGAGUGUACGUACACGGGUACUCCCAUGAUCACUGUGAACUGGUACAAAGAUGGCCAGCAGAUCUUUGCUUCAUACAAAUACAACAUCAUCACAACGGAGAGCUCCUGUAUCCUGGAGUGUCUCAGCACUGAUGACAAGGAGGCCGCAGGAAAGUACUGCUGCCAAGUGAGCAAUGAUGCCGGGAAGGACGUGUGUGAGGCGCUGGUUUCCAUUCUCGAGCCACCAUACUUCAUUGAGCCAUUGGAGCUCAUGGAGGUGACAGCUGGAGAUGCUGUGUGCCUGAAAUGUCAGGUAGCGGGCACACCUGAGAUCAAGGUGUCCUGGUUCAAAGCUGACGGCAAAAUCAGGUCUAGCCCCACCUGUAAGUUGGAGUACUCAAAGGGCGUUGCCUGUUUGAAGCUUAGUAAAGCCACCAAGUCUGAUAUCGGACAGUACACUUGCAAGGCGGAGAACACAAUUGGCUCUGCCACCUCCACCUGCAGACUCAACGUGCUAGAGGCUAAAACACCACCAUCCUUCCCAAAGAAGAUCACCAGCCUACAGCAGACUGAGGGCCAGCCAGUGCGCUUUGAGUGCCGCAUUGCCGGCUCAUUGCCCAUUGAGGUAUCGUGGCUGAAAGAUGGCGAACCUCUGAAGCAUGGAGAUGAGUUCUCCAUGCUCUAUGAUGAUAACACAGCUGUUCUGCAAAUCAACAACAGUGAGAUGAGGCAUUCUGGGGAGUACACCUGCAUGGCCACAAACAGUGUGGGCUCAACCUCCUGCAGAGCCAAGCUCACACUGCAAGAACCCAGAUACCCUCCAGUCUUUGACAGGAAGUUGUCACCACAGGAGGUGACAGUGGGUGACAGCAUUGAGCUGGAAUGUCACAUGACUGGCUCCACCCCUAUUAAAGUCACAUGGUCCAAAGACCAUAAGGAUAUCCGCUCUGGGGGGAAUUAUAAAAUCAGUUGUGCGGAUAACACACCUCACCUGACCAUUCUGAAGGCCGAUAAAGCCGACACAGGGAAAUACUUCUGCCAUGCUUCUAAUGACAUGGGGAAAGACUCCUGUUCCUCUGAUAUCACUGUCAAAGAGCGUAAAAAUCCUCCAGUGUUCACCAAAAAGCCCUCGGAGCACAUCGAGGACAUGGAGGGCAAGCUGGUAAAGAUUGAGGGCCGAGUCUCUGGCUCGCAUCCCCUGUCAGUCACCUGGUACAAAGAUGACCUGGAGAUACACAGCUCGGACAAGUAUGACAUCAGCUUUAAGAGUAACGUGGCAGUGCUGUGUAUUAAGAACAGCCAAGUGAGUGACAGUGGAAGGUACUCGUGCCAGGCCUCUAAUGAAGCUGGAAGAGCCUCCUGUGAUAUCAGUGUUGGCAUCUCAGAGGCCAAGAAGCCCCCAGUGUUUGACGUACCCCUGAAACCAGUGACUGUGGAUGAGGGUGACAAGCUGAAUCUCAGGUGCCAUGUCUGUGGGUCUUCUCCUCUGAAGAUCCAGUGGAUGAAGGACAGGAAGGAGUUGACAUCAGCCGGCAACACUAGGAUCAGCUUUUCUGAUGGGACAGCAUGUCUGGAGAUCAGCGCAGUCUCCAGACACAAUGCUGGCGAUUACCUCUGCAAGGCUACCAAUGUCAUUGGCAGCGAAUUCUGCAAAGCCAAAGUUACCGUCAAAGAGAAACCUGGAGCAGCUCCGCCUCCUGUUGAAGCUCCAGCAGCUGCCCCCACCAAAAAACUGGACAAUCUGUUCUUCAUUGAAGAACCUAAAACUGCACAUGUCACAGAGAAGGGAACUGCCACCUUCAUUGCCAAGGUGGGCGGUGACCCCAUUCCCAGUGUGAAAUGGAUGAAGGGGAAGUGGAGACAGCUUACUCAUGGUGGCCGCAUUGCCAUUGAACAGAAGGGCCAGGAGGCCAAGCUGGAGAUCAGAGAGGUGACAAAAUCUGAUUCAGGUCAGUACCGGUGUGUUGCCUCCAACAAGCACGGAGAGAUUGAGUGCAGCGCUGACAUACAUGUGGAAGAAACAAAGGGGGUGGCGAUGCUGGACGGAGACCUUCGUGCCAAACUGAAGAAGACGCCAUCAAAGCAAAAGAGUCCACAGGAGGAGAAAGACAUUGACAUUGUUGAGCUGUUGAGAAAUGUGGACCCGAAAGAGUAUGAGAAAUACGCCCGAAUGUAUGGUAUCACUGACUACCGAGGCCUGCUGCAUGCAAUUGAGCAGCUCAAGAAAGAGAGAGCUGAAGAAAGUGGAAGACAAGAAGUAGACCGUGGAGACAGAGAGUCUGAUGAGGACAUGGCCAGACUGGUGGCUGACCUGCAGAAGAGGAUGGAGCGGACUGAGCCUGUCACUGUGGUGAAGGACAUCUCUAAUCAGGCAGUCUUCACUAAUGAAGAGGCAGUGUUCGAGUGCGAGAUCAAGAUCAACUACCCAGAGAUCACACUGUCCUGGUACAAGGGCACGCAGAAACUAGAUACCAGUGACAAGUACAAUAUCAGCAUCAGCGGUGACCGCCACCUGCUCAGGGUCCAGAAGUGCCAGUCAUCUGACCAAGGCAACUACAGGGUAGUCUGUGGGCCCCACAUAUCCAGCGCCAAGCUCACUGUCAUGGAAGUGGAGGUUGAGAAGCACCUACAGGACACAUCGGGUAAGGAAGGCCAGUCUUGUACUCUGUCUUGUCAGUUGUCCAUCCCUAAUGUAGAAGCCCAUUGGUUUAAGAAUGGAAAGCAGUUAGAGAUGAAGGGCAGGUACACAUCUGAGGUGAAACACAAGGUUCAGAAGCUUCUGAUCAGAAACCUGAAGCCUGAAGACCAGGGAAGAUACACCUGCAGGUACCAGCAGCUGGAGUCUUCAGCAGACCUCUGGGUGGAAGCUGAACAAAUUCAUUUCACCAAACGCAUCCACAACAUUGAAGUCAACGAGCGGCAGUCAGCCACCUUUGAGUGUGAGGUGUCCUUCGACAAUGCUAUCGUUUCGUGGUAUAAAGACACCUGGGAACUGAAAGAGAGCCCCAAGUACAACUUCAGAAGUGAGGGCCGAAGACAUUUCAUGGUCAUUCGAAAUGUGACCAUUGAAGACGAAGGCGUGUACUCGGUGAUUGUAAGGUUGGAACCCAGAGGAGAGGCUAAGAGCACAGCUGAGCUUUAUUUGUCUGGCAAAGAAAUUGAAUUAGCAAUGGUCCCCAUCGAUAUGCCAGACUCCUCUGUUCAGAGGCCCGAAGUGCCUACAUCGGUUGCAAUUCAAGAAUCUGUUGAAUUCUAUCAUUAUGAAGAGGAAAUUGAACAUAUAGCAGUUCCCAUUGAGGAGACAGUGAAGAUCAAGAAAGCUGAAGUAAAAGAGGAAAUCCCAACAAAAGUUGAGAAAAAGCCUAAAGAGCAGCUGACACCAGCUGUAAAAGAACCGUCACCACCGAAAGUGCCCGAGGCCAGAAAGCCAGUGGAGGAAAAGGUUCCUGUGGUUUCAGUCCCAGAAAAAGAUGUUCCUGUUGCCAAAGAAACAGAGGAAGUUAAGCUGCCUACGCCCCCACCACCUGCUGAGAAGCCUGCAGUGCCAAAGAAAGAUGAACCCAAGCCUCAGGUACCAGCAGAGCCCAAAAUAGUGGCGCCUGCAGCUAAGCCUGAGCCUGGGCCCAAGCCCAAGCCCAAACCAAAAGCAGAACCAGAACCAAAGCCUCAGCCUACACAAGUUCACAAAGAAGAGGCCAAAGUUAAAACUGGAGAUAUUCCUGAGCAGGAGCCCAAAGUUAAGCCACCAUCCAAAGCUCCUGAAGAAGCUGCAAAACCAGAGCCAUCAAAGACCAGGCGUGAGCCAGCUGAAACCAAGCCAGAACCAGAAAAAACAAAACCUUCUUUAACAAAACCGGAACCAAAGUUAGAGCCUGUGGUGGUUACCAAACCUGAACCUGUGGUGAAAAAAUCUGAAGCAGAAAUAAGAGCACCGGAGCCUGUGGUGCCAAAACCAGAACCCCCAGUGACCAAACCAGAACCAACUCCUGCACCAAAAGAACCUACGAAGAAAGCAUCAGAAGAACCAACAAAGAAGGAGGUGGUUUUAACUCCAAUCCCACCACCCCCACCCCCACCUCCACUUACAGUACCACAAAAGAUUGAGAGAGAGGAAGAAGCACCACACAAGAAACCUGUGGGAAUUAAAGUCCUCGUGGAGGAAAAAAUACCUGAGCCUCCAAAAGCAGCCAAGACACCAGAACCUGCUGUUGUUCCUACUAAGGAAGAACCAACAAAGAAAGAGAAAGCUUUGAAGCCCAAACCUAAACCCAUACCUGAAAAAAUUUCUCAGAAGGUGUUUGAUGAGGUUGUUGUGUUGGAGACUGAACCUGUGAAGCAUCUUGACAAAAUACCUGAAUCAAUACCUGAGAGACCCUUUCCCGGGAAAGCUGAUGUGAAGGAAAAGACCCCUGAGAAGGUCUCAGAGAAACUACUGAAACCUGAGAAAAGUGUGGAGGAAAUUCCAAAGAUGGUGCCAGAAAAAGUACCUGAGAAAGUGCCAAAAAAGCCACCUGAGGAAAAAGUCCCAGAGGCGCCUGUAAAAGUUCCUCCGGAGGUGGCUGAAGAAUAUUUGAUCACUGAGAAGCAGCCAUCUGUAAACGCUGAGGAAGUAAAACGUGAGCUCAUGUCUAAGAAGCUAACAGAGAGAAUCUCUGCUGACAAAACAGUUCCCAUAAAGACCCCUGAUAAAAUAUCUGAUAAGGUCCCUGAGGCCAAACCUAAACGAGAGGUAGAAGAAACUCUUCCUAAAGAAAUGGAAGCUAAGAAGAUCGAGAGGAUUGUGUACACAGAAGCUGAACAGGAGACAAAAAGCGCUCCUGCUGAAAAAGUUCUUGUGAAGGAGAAGGAGUUGCUACCACAAGUCAAAGAACCAAUGAUAAAGCCAGCUGCUCCACAAGAAGAGAGCAAACCACAGGCUGCUGUAAAAGAUCAAGAAGCUGUCAAAAGGCCUGAGGUGACUGACACUGCUCAGUUGGAAAAGAGAGUUACUCCACAAGAAGACACCAGGCCAGUGACCAAGACACAGCCUGUCAUGAAGGCUGAAGAGCCAACCAAGAUGAUGGCAGAACAAGAACCACUAACAAAAAAGAUAUCACCUGAAACAGAUGAAACCAAGGGGCCCGUACAAGCACCAGGAGGAAUCAAGAAAGAGGGACAGCCAGCAGAGGAAGCAGGAAGAGGCAGAGGUAGAGGACUGAGACCCAAGCAGACCCCAUCUCCUGGAGAGGGAAGGGGUCGGGGUCUGAAGCCUGGUGGAAAAGGACCACCACCGCCAGAAGAACCAUUUGCAGGUUUCAAGCUCAAAGCUGUCCCUCUGAAGUUUAUCAAAAAGCUUCAGGACAUUGUUUUGCAGGAAGCUGAGUCUAUCGGCUCAUCUGCUGUCUUUGAGUGUGAGGUCUCACCUUCCACUGCCGUCACUUCAUGGAUGAAAGAUGGUAGUAAUCUUCGUGAAAGUCCCAAGCACAAGUUCACUUCUGAUGGCAAAGAUCGCAAGUUGAACAUUAUUGAUGUCCAGCUGUCUGACACUGGGGAAUAUACAUGUGUGGCCAAGAAUGCUGGCAAAGAGAUAUCAUGCACCGCCAAGCUCAUUGUUGAAGAGCUACCUGUGAAAUGGAUCAAAGAAUUAGAGGAGGAGACAUCAGCAAUCAAAGGUCAGCCUGUGUAUAUGACCUGCGAGCUGAACAAAGAGAGGGAUGUGAUAUGGAAGAAGAAUGGUGAGGUCCUCAAGAAACAGGAAGGCAAGAUUCAGAUCAACAUCAUUGGUAUGCAGCACGCUGUGACCAUCCAGAACUCCACUGAGGGGGAUGCUGGCAUUUUCUCAUGUGAAGUGGCUAACCAGGAAGAUGUUAAGACUACAACAAAUGUCAAAGUGAUUGAAAUUGUCAAAGAUUGGAUAGUAAGACCACUGAGAGACCAGCAUGUAAAACCAAGGGCUGCUGCUACAUUUAGAUGUGAGCUUUUCAAGGACACCCCCAACUGGAAGUGGCUCAAAGGAGAGAAUGAGAUCACUCCAUCCGACAAGGUUGAGAUCAAGAAGGACGGAAGAGAGUUGACACUCACCAUCAAGAACUGUCAGCCUGAUGAUGUAGCAGAAUAUGCCAUGGAGGUGGAAGGGCGCAUCUAUACUGCCAAGUUGACACUUGGAGAGCGGGAAGCUGAGAUCCUAAAGCCUUUGGCCAGCAUCGAGGUGGUUGAGAAGGAAGAUGCCAUGUUUGAGACAGAGAUCUCUGAGGAAGAUAUUCCAGGGGAAUGGAAGCUCAAAGGGGAGGUUUUGACCAGAUCCCCGACAUGCGACAUCCAAAUGGAGGGUACAGUGCGUAGACUCAAGCUGAAAAAUUGCCAGUUGGACCAGGCUGGAGAAGUGACCUACACAGCUCUGAACGCCAUAACCAGCGCCAUGCUUAAUGUCAAAGAAAUCGAAAUGGACUUUGUUGUUCCGCUCAAAGAUGUUUCUGUGCCAGAAAAGAAACAGGCUAAGUUUGAAUGCACCAUCACGAAGGAUGUCUCUAAGGUCAUGUGGUACAAAGGGGCUGACAUCAUCACCCCAGACCAAAAGUAUGACAUCAUCGAUGAUGGAAAGAAGCAUAUGCUGAUUAUAAACUGUUGUGAGUUUGAUGACGAGGAAGAAUAUACGAUUGAAGUUUUGGGCAAAACCUCAAAAGCUAGACUCACAGUAGAGGGUAUCAGGCUCAAAUUUAUCUCACCAAUAAAGGAUCAAACAGUAAAGGAAGGCCAAACAGCUCGCUUUGAGCUGGAGCUUUCUCACGAGAACAUCCCCAUCACCUGGUACAAGAAUGACGUUAAAAUUCAUCCAAGCAGAACAGUUGUUAUUCAUGUGGAUGGAAAGAAGCAUGCGCUAGAAAUCAGGGAAGUGACUCUAGAUGAUAUCUGCCAAAUUAAGGCUGAGGCCAAAGGAAUUCCUUCCAUGGCCAACCUGACCGUUAUAGAGGGAGAUCCAUACUUCACAGUUAAGCUGCAGGACUAUACUGCAGUGGAGAAAGAUGAGGUGGUUCUAGAUUGUGAGCUCAGCAAAGAUGUCAAUGUCAUGUGGUACCACAAUGAGGCAGAGAUAAAGGCCUCUAAGAUGGUGAACAUUAAAGCUGAAGGCAAACGCCGAACCCUUGUCAUCAAGAGAGUUGGGGACAAAGACAAAGGACAGUAUCUAUGUGAUUGUGGAACAGACAAGACAACAGCAGCUCUUCACAUUGAAGCUCGCCACAUAAAGGUGGUUCGGCCAAUAUACGGCGUUGAGGUGUUUGAUGGAGAGACUGCUCGAUUUGAGGUUGAGCUCAGUGAAGAUGAUUGCCAUGGCCAGUGGAAACUGAAUGGAGAAGUCCUCAGUCCAGCCGCUGAUGUUGAGAUUGUGGAGGACGGUGCCAAACACACUCUGGUCUUGUACAACUGCAGAGUGCCUCAGACUGGUGAGGUCACGUUCACUGCCGCUAAUGCCAAGUGUUCUGCUAACCUGAAAGUGAAGGAGCUCCCAGUGUCAUUCAUUACACAGCUGACUGAUGUAGAAGUGUACGAAAAGGAUGAAGCAAAGUUUGAACUAGAAAUUUCCAGGGAGCCCAAAAGCUUCCGUUGGCUGAAGGGAUCUCAAGAGUUAUCAAAUGAUGACAAGUUUGAACUGCGUGUUGAGGAAAAGAGACACAGUCUUAUUGUAAAAUCUGCCAGAUAUGAAGAUGAAGGCAAAUACAUGUUUGAGGCUGAAGAUAAGAGGACAUCUGGAAGGUUGAUUAUCAAAGGUAUUCGCCUUUCAUUUAUCAAGCCGAUAAAAGACGUGACUGUAAAGGAACGUGAAACUGCAGAGUUCAGCAUUGAACUCUCUCAUGACAAAAUCCCAGUUGUCUGGUACAAAAACGACGUUCGUUUGCACCCCAGCAAAGUGGUGCACAUGUCAGAGGAGGGAAAAGUCCACACACUGGCCUUCAAGGAGGUAACACUUGACGACACCUCCAUAAUCAAAGUGGAGGCAAUGGGCACGACUUCAGAGGCCAUGCUCACCGUCCUCGAGGGUGACGUGUACUUCACAGUGAAGCUCCAGAACUACACCGCUGUCGAGAAAGAUCAAGUGGUUUUGUCCUGUGAGUUGAGUAAGGCCGCUGCUGAGGUCAGAUGGUUCAAAGAUAGUAAAGAAAUCUUUCCUUCCAAGAACAUUUCCUUCCAAUCUGACGGCAAGAAGCGCAUGAUGGUCAUCAAGAAGGCAGCAAAGAGCAACAUGGGCGCUUACACCUGCGACUGUGGAACUGACAGAACUACUGCUGACCUGAACAUCGAAGAACGUGACAUCAAGGUUGUCCGCCCAUUGUACAGUGUGGAGGUCACAGAGACAGAGGUGGCCAAGUUUGAGACGGAGAUUUCUGAGGGGGACCUGCAUGCCAUCUGGAAACUGAAGGGCGAGACGCUUCAUCCAUCUGCUGAUGUGGAGAUCAAGGAGGAAGGAGCCCGGCACUUGUUGAUCCUCUAUAACUGUAAAAUGGACAUGGCUGGAAGUGUUGACUUUGCAGCAGCCAAUGCCAAAUCCUCAGCUCACCUCAGGGUCAAAGCCCGAGUGAUUGGUGUCCAGAGGCCCCUGAAGGAUGUCACCGUGACUGCUGGGGAGACUGCCACUUUUGAGUGCGAGCUGUCAUACGAAGGCAUCGCUGUCGAGUGGUUCCUGGGGGAUACAAAGCUGGAGCCAAGCGAUAGAGUGGUGUUGAAGGCAGAGGGUAAAGUCCACACCCUGACUCUACGCAACAUCCAGCUGAAUGAAGCUGGACAAAUCAAACUCACCGCCAAAGACUUCCAGACUGAGGCCAACCUCAUCGUCAAAGAGCCACUGGUAGAGUUUGUUAAGCCUCUGGAGGACCAGACAGUGGAAGAGGAAGCCACUGCCACACUUGAGUGUGAAGUUUCCAGGGAAAAUGCAGAGGUACAAUGGUUGAGGGAUGGACAGGAGAUCCGCAAGACCAAGAAAUAUGAGAUGAUCAUUGACGGCUGCAAGCGAGCGCUGGUCAUCCAUGACUGCACUUUGGACGACUCAAGGACAUAUACUUGUGAUGCUAAAGACUUCAAAACCUCAUGUUUCCUCAAUGUUGAACCUCCCCACAUUGAGUUCACAAAGCCACUCCAUGAUGUGGAGGUUGUAGAGAAGGAAUCUGCCAGGUUUGAAUGUGAAGUCUCCAGAGAGGACGUCAAAGUCCGCUGGUUUAAGGAUGGAAGUGAAAUCAGAAAGGGAAAGAAGUAUGAAAUUAUUGCACAAGGUCGCCAACACAUCCUAAUCAUUCAUAAGUCUGUGUUUGACGAUGAGGCUGAAUACGAAUGUGAUGCAAAGACCUCCAAAUCCUCUGGCAUGCUUACUGUCAUUGAGGAGGAGGCGAGGUUCACCAAGAACCUGUCCAACGUGGAGGGAACAGAAACGGACAGUGUAAAACUUAUUUGUGAAGUCUCCAAACCGAGUGCAGACGUUAUCUGGUACAAAGGAGAUAAGGAGCUGCCAGAGGGAGGGCGCUAUGACCAAAUUGUUGAUGGGAAGCGGAGGAUACUCCUCAUCAAGGACCUGAAGAUGUCUGAUGCUGGAGAGUACAGCUGCAGGCUGAGUCCCAGCAACAAAACAUCAGGAAAUCUCAAAAUUAAUGAACUGGCUGCUGAGUUCAUUUCAAGGCCACAAAGUCAGGAAGUGGUGGAAGGAGAGAAGGCCGAGUUCACCUGCUCCGUAUCCAAGGAGACCUACGAGGUCAAGUGGAUGAAAGACGACGUGGCUCUUGAGGCUGGAGAUAAAUACCAGAUGGUCGCUGACGGCAAGAGACGAGCGCUUGUAAUCCAGAGCUGUGAACUCAAAGACGAGGGCGGAUACAUUGUUAUGAUUGGACCAACUAGAGCCAGCGCAGACCUUACUGUGCGCGAGAAACUGAAAAUCAUCACUCCUCUAAAGGACACCGAGGGCAAAGAAGGCCAGGAGGUAGUCCUGAACUGUGAGGUGAACACAGAGGGAGCAAAGGCCAAGUGGCUGAAGAAUGAGGAGAUCAUGUUUGAGAGCAGCAAGUAUGUGAUGACCCAGAGAGACAACAUCUUCUCCCUGAGGAUCAAAGAUGCCCAGAAGGGAGAUGAAGCCAACUACAGCAUCAACUUGACCAAUCAAAGAGGAGAGCUGGCCAAGAGCUACUGCAAUUUGACCAUCAGAGAGGAGAGUCUGAGAAUUGUAGUUCCUCUAGAGGACAUCGACACUCAGGAGAAGAAGACCAUCAGCUUCUCUUGUAAGGUCAACAGGCCCAAUGCCACUAUAAAGUGGAUGAAGGCUGGUGAGGAGAUUACCUUCAGCAAACGCGUUGUCUAUAGAGUUGACAAAGACAAGCACACACUUACCAUCAAAGACUGCACCCUGGCUGACGAGGGUGAGUACACAGCCGUGGCUGGAGAUGACAAAUCCACAGCAGAGCUGAUCAUCAGUGAGGCACCAACGGAUUUCACCAUGCAACUAAAGGACCAAACAAUCACUGAGUUUGAUGACGCAGAGUUCACCUGCAUGCUGACCAAAGAGAAAGCUGAAGUCAAGUGGUACAGAAAUGGCCGAGAGAUCAGAGAAGGACCGAGAUACACAUUUGAAAGAGAUGGAAAGAUUUGCACUUUGCGUAUCAAGGAGUGCAGACCUGAUGAUGAAUGUGAAUAUGCUUGUGGUGUGGAUGAGAAGAAAUCCAGAGCCCGGCUUUUUGUUGAAGAGACCCCAGUGGAGAUUAUCAGACCCCUGCAGGAUGCGUUUGAACCUCCAGGCAUGGAUGUUGUGUUUGAGGUGGAGCUCAACAAGGACAGAGUGGAGGUGAAGUGGUUGAGGAACAAUAUGACGGUUGUCCAGGGAGACAAAUACCAGAUGAUGAGUGAGGGUAAAGUCCACAGACUGCAGGUCUGUGAGAUCAGACCUCGAGACCAGGGAGAGUACAGAGUCAUCGUCAAGGAUAAAGACUCAAAGGCCAAACUGGAGCUGGCAGCUGUGCCUCAGAUAAAGACCACUGACCAGAACUAUGUCACAGAUGCUGGGAAGCCUAUUAUCAUGGCUGUCCCUUACAGUGCAUAUCCACAAGCUGACGCUGACUGGCUGUACAACAACAUGAGUCUGCCCAGGGACAACAUCCACACCUCAGCUGACCGCACAGAGUACUGGCUGAAGGACCCCAAGAAAGCAGAUGAAGGCCGCUACAAGAUUAUCAUCAAAAACAAACACGGGCAGGGAGAGGCCUUCAUCAGCCUGGGUGUCAUUGAUGUCCCAGGACCUGUGAAGAACCUCCAAGUGGUUGACACCGCAGAUGGUGAGGUCAGCCUUGCAUGGGAGGAGCCUGAGAGCGACGGCGGCAGUAAAGUCAUUGGCUAUGUGGUGGAGAGGCGCGACGUGAAACGUAAGACCUGGACACUGGCCACUGACCAUGCUGAAAGCCCUGAGUACACAGUGGCUGGCCUCCAGAAGGACUCCAUGUACCUAUUCCGAGUCUGCGCCCGAAACCGGAUUGGCAGCGGACCCAACGUCGAGACUGACAAACCUGUACAAGCUAAGAACAAGUUUGAUGUUCCAGAUGCUCCCCUGAAUGUGAUUGUUGGAAAUGUCACCAAGUUUGGCUGUACUGUCUCCUGGGAGCCUCCCAAGUCAGAUGGAGGCUCUCCCAUCACCUCUUACAUCAUUGAGCUCCGUGACAGGACGUCAGUGAAAUGGUCUCCUGUCCUGGUGGCCAAACCUGACGAGCUCACUGCCAUUAUUAAUGAUGUAAUUGAGAACAAAGAGUACAUCUUUCGAGUAAAAGCUGAGAACAGAGCCGGUGUUGGCAAGCCCAGUGCCGCCACACAGCCUGUCAAAAUCAUGGAUCCGAUCGAGCGUCCCAGCCCUCCUCUGAACCUGUCCUGGGAGGACCAGAAUAAGAGCUCAGUGCAGCUCACCUGGGAGACUCCCCUGAAGAACGGAGGCAGCAUGAUUACCGGAUACAUAAUUGAACGCUGUGAGGACAGUACCGACAAGUGGCUCCGUUGCAAUGCCCGUCUCUGCCCUGAACUCUUCUACAAGGUAUCUGGUCUGAAAUAUGGAUCUAAGUACAACUACAGAGUGUUUGCUGAAAACGCUGCUGGAGUCUCGGACCCGUCAAACAUCAUCGGACCUCUGCUUGCUGAUGACCCACAUGUUGGUCCAACCUUUGACCUGAGCGCUUUUAAGGAUGGCCUGGAAGUGAUUGUCCCCCAGCCUCUCACCAUCAGAGUCCCCAUCACUGGAUAUCCGACCCCUGUUGCCAGGUGGACCUUCGGAGAGAAGGAGUUGAGCACCGCGGAUGAGCGCGUCUCCCUCAUGACCAAGUCAACAUUUACAGAGCUGAUGGUCACACCGAGCGUCCGUCCAGACAAAGGCAUCUACACACUGCAUCUGGAGAAUGAUGUCACAUCUGUCUCUGGAGAAAUUGAAGUCAACGUUAUUGCUGCACCCAGCGCUCCAAAGGACUUCAAGGUCCUGGAGGUGACUCGGCAGCAUGUCCACCUGAGUUGGGAGGCUCCAGAGCAUGAUGGAGGAAGUCCUCUGACUGGCUACCAGGUGGAGAAACGAGAUGUGUCCCGCAAGACCUGGGUCAAGGUGACCACAGGGAUACAGGAUCUGGAGUUUACCGUCACCGAUGUGGUUGAAGGGAAGGAGUAUCUGUUCAGAGUCAUCGCCUGCAACAAGUGCGGUCCAGGAGAGCCCGCGUAUAUCGACGAGCCCGUUAAUGUCUCCUCUCCUGCAACUGUCCCCGACCCUCCAGAGAACCUGAGGUGGAGGGACAAGUCAGCCAGCGGCAUCUUCCUGACCUGGGAGCCACCAAAGUACGAUGGCGGCACCGGCAUCCGGGGAUACAACGUUGAGCGCUGUCAGAGGGGAACCGAUAAGUGGGAGCCCUGCGGGGACUUGGUACCUGAGCUGAAGUGCCAGGUGACGGGUCUUACUGAGGGCCAGUGGUACUCAUACAGAGUCCGAGCCCUGAACCGACUUGGAGCCAGCCGGCCCUGCAAAGCCACUGAUGAGAUCCAGGCUGUCGAUCCUAAAGAGCCUCCAGAAAUCCAGCUGGAUGCCAAGCUUCUGGCUGGUCUGACUGCAAAGGCUGGCAGCAAGAUUGAACUUCCCGCUGAGGUGAAAGGUAAGCCCGAGCCCCGAGUCAAGUGGACCAAAGCUGACCUGGUCCUCAAACCGGACGAUAGGGUGUCCAUUGACACUAAGCCGGGACACUCCACAGUCACCGUUGCCAAAACAAAGAGAGAUGACAGCUCCACUUACAUCAUUGAAGCCACCAACAGCAGUGGACGGGCCACUGCCACUGUGGAUGUCAACAUCCUUGAUAAGCCUGGUCCUCCUGCUGCCUUUGACAUUUCUGAAAUCACCAACGAGUCCUGCUUUCUGGCCUGGAACCCUCCACGUGACGACGGUGGCUCCAGAGUCACCAACUACAUUGUUGAGAGGCGAGCUGCUGACAGUGAGAUCUGGCACCGACUGUCCUCCACCGUGAAGCAGACCACAUACAGAGCUGUGGGUCUGGUCAAGUUUAAGGAGUACAUCUUCAGGGUCUUGGCUGAAAAUCAGUUUGGUGUUGGCCCAGCAGCGGAGCAUCCAUCCAUCAUUGCCAGAUACCCCUUUGAUACUCCUGGGGCUCCUUACAAGCUUGAGGGUUCAGAUAUUGCCAAGGACUCAUUGACUCUGACCUGGUAUGAGCCUGAUGAGGAUGGAGGAAGCCCCAUUACUGGAUACUGGGUGGAGAGAUAUGAACCUGACCAUGACAAGUGGAUGAGAUGCAACAAGCUGCCGGUCAAAGACACAAACUACAGAGUCAAAGGUCUUCCUACCAGAAAGAAGUACAAGUUUAGAGUCCUUGCUGAGAAUCUGGCAGGAACUGGAAAACCCAGCAAGGAGACAGAUCCGAUCCUCAUUAAAGAUCCUAUUGAUCCUCCAUGGCCUCCUGGCAAACCCACAGUGAAGGACGUGGCUAAAACUUCAUGCUUCUUAAUGUGGACCAAACCAGAGCAUGAUGGCGGAGCAAAGAUUGAUGGCUAUGUCAUUGAGAUGCUGAAGAGUGGUACCAUGGACUGGAUCCGUGUGGCAGACAACAUCAGCCUUCUGGAACAUUUCCUGAGGGGCCUGAUGGAGAAGCAGGAGUACUCGUUCAGGAUACGAGCUGUUAACGUGGCUGGAGAGAGCGAACCCAGUGAGCCCAGCGACCCAGUGCUCUGCAAAGAGAGACUCAACCCUCCCUCAGCUCCACGCUGGUUAGAGGUUGUGAGCAUCAGCAGGAACAGCGCUGAGCUGAAAUGGGCAGCUCCUGAGCGCGAUGGAGGCUCAAUCAUCACCAACUACAUUGUGGAGAAACGUGAUGUGAGGCGUAAAGGUUGGCAGACUGUGGACACCACAGUCAAAGAGCUGAAGAGCAGCGUGGCACCACUCAAUGACGGAUCACUUUAUGUGUUCCGUGUUGCUGCUGAGAAUGCUGUGGGUGUUGGACCAUUCUGUGAGCUGGAGGACUCCGUGCUGGCCAAAGACACUUUCACUACUCCUGGCCCACCAUAUGCCCUCAAUGUCAGUGCUGUGACCAAAAGAUACGUGGACCUGGAGUGGGAGGCACCCAAAAAUGAUGGUGGCAGACCUAUCCUCAGGUAUUGCAUUGAGAAAAAGGAGAAGCUUGGAACUCGCUGGGUGAAAUCCGGGAUGACUUCCGGUCCAGAUUGUAAGUACAGGGUAACAGACGUCAUCGAGGGAACAGAAGUUCAGUUCCAGGUCCGAGCUGAGAAUGAGGCUGGGAGCGGACACCCGAGUGAACCCACUGAGAUUCUUACCAUAGAAGAUCCAACAGGCAUCCCGUCACCUCCCAUCGAAUUGCAUGUGACUGGAGCCAGCCGAGACUUCCUGUCAGUUGCCUGGAAACCUCCGCAGAGGGACGGCGGUUCCCCCAUAAGCGGAUAUCACAUUGAGAUGUGCGAGGCUGGAACAGAGAAAUGGAUGAGGGUCAACUCCCGUCCAUUAAAGGAUCUCAAGUACCGUGUAGAGGAGGGUGUGGUCCCUGAGAAGGAGUACAUUCUGAGAGUAAGGGCCGUUAAUGCUGUCGGAGAGAGUGAGCCAUCUGACAUCUCCGAAAAUGUCUUUGCCAAAGACUCUGACUGUAACCCAACCCUCGAGUUCCAGACUCUGGAUCUGGUUGUUGUGGAAACAGAAAAGCUGCACAUCCCCGUUCCCUACAGAGCGGUGCCCUCACCUAAAAUAACCUGGCACAAAGAUGGAAAAGAGCUGAAAAUGGAUGAACGCGUUGGCCUCAGGAAGGAGUACACUUCCUGUCACCUGGAGAUUGACAGCAGCGUCCAUGCUGAUGCUGGAGUGUACAAAGUGACGCUAGAGAACAAUUUGGGAAGCACCAGUGCCACCAUCAAUGUCAAAGUCAUUGGGCUUCCUGGUCCCUGCAAGGAGAUCGUGGCCUCUGACAUCACAAAGAGCUCAUGUAAAGUUUCCUGGGAUCCUCCAGAUUAUGAUGGUGGCAGCCCAAUUCUUCACUAUGUGUUGCAGCGGCGCGAGGCCGGCAGGAGGACGUACGUCAACAUGAUGUCAGGAGAGAACAAGUUGAGCUGGAUGGUCAAAGACCUCAUCCCCAAUGGAGAGUACUACUUCAGAGUCCAGGCCAUUAACAAGAUUGGAGGAGGAGAGUUCAUCGAGCUCCGCAGCCCAGUCAUUGCUGAGGACCAGAAACAUGUUCCCGACCCACCAGUGGAUGUGGAGACCCACAACCCCACAUCUAGUACUGUUACUCUAACCUGGAAACCUCCCAUGUAUGAUGGUGGCUCCAGAAUCAUGGGUUACAUCCUAGAGAAGCAGCAGAAAGGAGAGGACAAGUGGGAGAGGUGCAAUGACUUCCUGGUGCCUGUCCUAUCAUACACCGUCAGAGGACUGACGGAGGGAAAGAACUACACCUUUAGAGUCAAAGCUGAAAAUGCUGCUGGGAUCAGCGAGCCAUCACGCAACACACCAUUCAUCAAGGCCUCAGACACCAUUGAUCCUCCAAAGGUUUUCCUGAGUGGCAGUUUGCAGUCCGGUCUCAGCGUGAAGCGAGGCUAUGAGAUCUGCCUGGAUGCCAACAUUUCAGGGUCUCCAUACCCUCAGAUCACCUGGUACUGGAACAACCAAACAAUUCAACCUGAGCCACUCCGGAAGAGACCUGAAAGGCCUCUGAGGAAGAAAGUGGAAAAGAAAGAAGAGGAGAAGAAGGAGGAAGAGAAGAAGGAAGAGGAGAAGGCUGAGAAGAAAGAGGAGACGGAGGGAGAGGUGAAGGAAGCUGAGGAAAAGAAAGAAAGCGAGGUGAAAAAGGAGGAGGACACUGUAGAAGCAGAGGUAGCCGAGCCAGACUACCCGACCAUAAAUGAGCGCCUGACCAUUGAUAACAGCCACAGGGGUCUGUCCUCUGUUAUCAUCAGGGACUCAGUCCGCCCCGAUCAUGGCGUCUACAUGGUGAAGGUGGAAAAUGACCACGGCAUUGCCUCGGCGGUCUGCGAGGUCAAUGUGCUCGAUACUCCUGGGCCUCCAGUGAACUUUAGAUUCGAGGAGGUGAGGAAGAACUCUGUGAUCUGCAAGUGGGAUCCCCCUCUGGAUGAUGGUGGCAGCGAGAUUCUCAACUACAUCCUGGAGCAGAAGGACAACUCGAAGCUGGAGAUCGGUUGGAGCAGUGUUACCACCACACUGAAAGGAUGCCGUUACUUUGUGCCCAAACUCAUUGAGAAGAAGGAGUACCUCUUUAGAGCCGUGGCUGAGAACAAGCAUGGUCCUGGCCCGCCCUGUGUCUCUAAACCAGUCAUUGCCAAGAAUCCUUUCGAACCACCCGAGGCCCCUGAUAAACCACAAAGUGACGACUUGACAGCCAACAGCAUGCUGGUCACAUGGAAUGAACCAAAUGACAAUGGGAGCCCCAUCUUGGGAUACUGGGUAGAGCGCCGUGAGAUCAACAGCUCACACUGGGCACGUGUUAAUAGGAACCUCACCCCUGUCACUGAGCUGGGUGUCGAAGGUCUGAUUGAGGGGCUGACUUACAUCUUUAGGGUGGCUGCGGAAAACCAGGCUGGCACUGGAAAGUUCAGCAUUCCCUCUGAACCCAGGACUGCCCGGGCACCCAUCUUGCCUCCAGGACCUCCAGUUGCCAGAGUGGCAGCAACUACUGACUACUCCAUUGAAGUGGAGUGGGAUCCACCUGCUGAUAAUGGAGGUGGGGAGAUCCUGGGAUAUCAUGUGGAUAAGGCUAUGGCUGGCUCAAAGGACUGGUCCAGGUCUACAGAACGUCCCUGGAGAUCACGGACCUUCACUGUUUAUGGAGUCCGUGAGGGCGCGAAGUACAUGGUCAGAGUCAUUGCCUGCAACGCUGCUGGAGAGGGAACACCAGGAUUCACAGAGUCUGUGUUCGUCAGAAAUCCUGCAGAGAUACCUGUGAUUGAACUGGAUCUGUCUGUCAAGAAUGGUGUAGUCAUCAGAGCGGGAGAAACACUCCGUAUACCAGCUACAGUCACAGGUAAACCCUAUCCAGCUAUCACCUGGACCAAGGAUGAUGGCAAACCUGACAAAGACCGCGUAGAGAUCCUCACCGAGGGGAAUAACAGCAUCUUCUCGGUCAACAAUGUCCAGAGGAAGGACUGUGGCAAAUACCAAAUCUCUGCUUGCAACCCCAGUGGCACCAAGUCUGCAUGGAGCAGAGUGGAGGUCGUGGAUGUCCCUGGACCUGUCACAGACCUGAAGCCUGUUGUUGUCACUCGUAAGAUGAUCUUCCUGAACUGGGACGAUCCUGUGGACGAUGGAGGCAGUGACUUGACUGGCUUCCUCGUGGAGCGAAGAGAUCCUAAGAUGCACACGUGGAGGCAGCCUGUUGAAACCACCUCGUCUAAGUGUGAGUGUGUAGGCAUUGUGGAGGGACAAGUGUACCUGUUCCGUGUCUUCGCCAAGAACAAGUAUGGCUUGGGCCAACCUGUUGAACUGGAGCCUAUCACGGCUGUAGACCCACAGGGCCCACCAUCAUAUCCUGAGAAAUUCCGCUACACAGAACGUACUAAGGAUUCCAUCACACUGACCUGGAAGCCACCCCGUAAUGAUGGCGGCAGCCCUAUCAUUGGCUACUUUGUUGAGAAAAAGAGGCAGGACCAGCAGGCCUUUGAGCCCUGCAAUACCGAGAUCUGCCCUGACAUGACUAUGACUGUGAAGGGCCUGGAAGAUGCCUGGAUGUAUGAGUUUAGAAUCAAAUGCGCCAAUCUUAUUGGCGAGAGUGAGCCAUCCAUCCCAUUGACCGUGGUUAUCCAAGAUGAUGAAGUGCCUCCUGAGGUCCACAUGCGGACAAAGUUCAAAGGUGACACUGUUACUGUGAAGAAGGGUGAGACCAUCGAGAUUCCAGCAGAUGUCCUGGGACUCCCCAUCCCUAAGGUUGAGUGGUCUAAGGACGACAUUGUGAUCCAGAAGCCUACUGAGACUCUGCUGAUAGAGACAGAAGUGACUGGCAGAAUGAAUUGCAAGACCAUGCUGUCCAUCCCAUCUGCCAACAGGAGGGACCGUGGCAGCUACACUGUGGUUGCCUCCAACAACAUGGGAUCAGCCAAGCACAUUAUCUAUGUCAUGGUGCUCGACCGACCAACUCCACCAAGGAAUGUGACAGUAUCCAACAUCAGGGCUGAGUCCUGCUACCUCAACUGGGAUGCACCAGUUGAUAAUGGUGGAAGUGAACUGACCAAUUACAUAAUUGAGAAGAGGGAAGUGGUAACAGAGGUGCCUGAGCUGGAAGAGGGGCAGGAAGCCCCACCUGAACCACAGUGGGAAGUGGUUACAAACAGCAUAAUUGAGAAAAAAUAUGGGGUCUGGAACCUGGAAACCAAAAAGUCCUACCUGCUCCGAGUCCGAGCUGAGAACCGCUAUGGUAUAUCUGAUCCUUGCACAACAGAGGAAGUUCAGAUUACAGACCCCUUUGGCCUUCCCGGCCCACCAGAGAAACCAACGAUUGCAGAGUACUCCAAGACCUCCAUGACUCUAACCUGGGAGCCUCCCAGAGAUAACGGGGGCUCCAUGAUUGUUGGUUACUGGCUGGAAAAGAGAGAGAAAGGCACUGACUACUGGGCUAAGGUCAACAAGGUGCCCAUCACAAAGAGGGGCAUGAAAGGCUGGGAGUACCAGGUGACACGUCUGUUUGAGGGAACAGAGUACGAGUUCAGGGUGGCAGCCUGCAAUUCAGCAGGAACUGGACCAUUCAGUGGACCAUCUGACACUGCCUUUGCUGUUGACCCUAUCACUCCUCCGAGCAUGCCUGCUGCUCCUGAGGUGGUUGAUAAGACAAAACACAGUGUCACACUGUCCUGGAAACCACCAGAGAGUGAUGGUGGCAGCCCCAUCAAGGGCUACAUUAUCCAGAUCCAGGAUGAGGGGACAUCAAACUGGGUGAGAGUGAAUGAUCCUGAAACUCUGCACCCCACUACUGAAUUUACAAUGCCCAGCCUCCGCGAGCUGAAGCGCUACCGCUUCAGGAUCAUUGCUGUCAAUGACAUUGGCGAGUCUGAUCCCAGCCCCCGCACUGAUGAAGUUCUGAUUGAGGAUGUCCAACUUAAACCUUCUAUUACACUGGAUGUGCUGGCAGAUGACCUUGUUUACAUCCGAGCUGGAGAUCCCAUUAGAAUCCCCACCACCAUUACAGGCCGCCCUGUUCCCAAGGUCACCUGGGACUUUGAUGGCAAAGCCAAGACCCACAAGAAGAACAAACUGCACACACUGCCUGUGGACUCUGAGGUGGAGUCCACAGACACCACUUCAGUUGUGAUCAUCCCUGUGAGUCUGAGGAGCCACUCUGGACGUUACACCAUCACAGCCAAGAACAAGUCCGGACAGAAACACCUGAACAUUAGAGUUAUUGUCCUCGAUGUUCCUGGGCCACCAAAGGACCUGAGGAUUACUGACAUCACCCGGUCAACUAUGAGGCUGAUCUGGAAGCUCCCUGACACAGAUGGAGGAGAGAGGAUCAAGAGCUACUUUAUUGAAAAGAAAGCUGUCACUGACAAGGCCUGGACCAAGGUUAAUACAGCCUGUGCCAGCCAGGCUUAUGUGGUGCCAGGGCUGCUAGAGGGCCUGGACUACUUCUUCAGAGUACGAGCUGAGAACCGAUUGGGAUUUGGCCCAUUCACCAUCACCACUGAACCUGCCCGGGCCAGAGACCCCAUCUAUCCCCCCGACCCCCCUACCAAGCUGAAAGUUAACCUAGUGACAAAGAACACUGUCACUCUGAGCUGGGAGGCUCCCAAAAACAAUGGUGGCUCUCCUGUGAAGCAUUACAUCAUUGAGCGUUUGAGCUGGGACACCAGCGGCAAGGAGAAAGAGACCUGGAAACAGUGCAACAAAAGAGAUGUGGAAGAGCUCACCUUCGUGGUAGAGGAUCUCAAGGAGGGAGGAGAAUAUGAGUUUAGAGUAAAAGCUGUAAAUGCUGCUGGACCCAGUCGACCUUCUGCCACCAUUGGACCCAUGGUCAUCAAGGAUCAGACAUGUCCUCCCACUAUUGAGCUGCGUGAGGCUAUGGAGGGUGAGGAGGGCUGUGAUGUCAGCAUUGUGGCCAAAGUUAGUGGCUGUCCGUUCCCCAGGCUCACUUGGCACAAAGCCAGCCUGGCCAAACCUGAAGAGAAGUCUGCGAUUCAGUAUGACCAGCAUAUCAACAAACUAGUGACCCAGGAUAAGUGCACCCUUCUGAUACAGCAAGCCACCAGGCACGACAGCUCCCUCUACAGCCUGACAGCCAGUAAUAGUCUGGGCACUGUUUGCAAGGACAUUAAGCUCUCAGUGUUUGGACCUCCGGGACCACCUGUGGGACCAAUCAAGUUCACAGAGGUGUUUGCAGAGAGGAUAGGCCUGGCCUGGAACCCUCCCACCGACGAUGGCGGAUCUAAGAUCACCAACUACGUGGUUGAGAAGCGUGAGGAGAACAGGAAGUCCUGGGUCCAUGUCUCCAAUGAUCCCAAAGAGUGUGCCUAUGUGGUAACCCGGCUGACAGAGAACCACGAGUAUGAGUUCAGAGUCAUGGCCCAAAACAAGUUUGGAGUGGGCCCACCGUUGAUCAGUGAGCCGGAGAAGGCCAGAAAUCUUUUCACUGUCCCUGGUCAGUGUGAGAAACCCACUGUAACAGACGUCUGCCUAGAGUCAAUGACUGUCAACUGGGAUGAACCCAAGUACGAUGGUGGGUCCUCCAUCACUGGCUAUAUCAUUGAGAAGAAGGAGACCACGGGCAAGCGCUGGACCCGUGUCAACCGGGAGCCCAUUCGUGCACUGCCGCUGGGCAACAACUGGGAUGUCACUGGCCUACUGGAAGGAGCCAUGUACCAGUUCAGGGUCAUUGCUGUCAAUGCCGCUGGCUGUGGUUUGCCCAGUGUGCCCUCUGACCCCAUACUCUGCAGAGACCCCAUAAAGCCUCCAGGUCCACCCACUCCAAAGGUAACAGACUGGACUAAGUCUACGGUUGAGCUGGAGUGGAUCCCUCCUCUGGUGGACGGAGGGUCAAAGGUCACAGGCUACAUUGUGGAGUUCAAGGAGGUGAACAAAGAGGAAGAGGAGAAAAAAGCUCAGAGGAGGCUGCUGCUGAGUGAAGCUGAGGAGGAGAAGGUGCCAGAGACAGAUGAGGGCUGGGAGAAGGCAAAGGACACUGAGAUCAGAGGAACUAAAUUUGUGGUGGCCGGUCUGAAAGAAGGUGGUCUGUACCGCUUCAGAGUGCGAGCCAAGAAUUCUGCUGGAGUAGGAGACCCUGGAUUUGUGUCUGAGCUCAUUGAGGUCAAAGACAGAACAAUUCCUCCCGAGAUGGAUCUUGACGCCUCAGUGAAGGAGAAAAUUGUGGUCCAUGCUGGCGGCACCAUACGGAUCAUCGCCUAUGUGUCUGGUAAACCUGCCCCGCAGAUCACCUGGUGUCGAGAUGACAGUGAGGUUCCCAAAGAGGCCAUGGUGGAGAAGACAGGCAUCUCCAAUUCACUGGUCAUUAAGAACUGCAGACGCCAACACCAGGGCAUCUAUACACUGAGUGCCAAGAAUGAGGGUGGAGAGAGGAAGAAGGCUAUCAUCGUUGAGGUCCUGGAUGUUCCUGGACCAGUUGGUCUUCCCUUCAGUGGAGAAAACCUGACCGAAGACUCUUGCAAGUUGACCUGGUACACCCCUGAAGAUGAUGGCGGCUCAGCCAUCACCAACUAUAUUAUCGAGAAGAGGGAGUCGGACCGCAUGGGUUGGACCUCUGUAUCUUACACAGUGACGAGGAACAAUGCUGUAGUACAGGGACUCAUCGAUGGCAAGGGCUAUUUCUUUAGGAUCGCUGCUGAGAACAUAAUAGGCAUGGGACCUUUCAUCGAGACCGACAAGAUGGUUCUCAUCAAAGACCCCAUCUCUGUCCCAGAGCGUCCUGAGAACCUCAUCAUCACAGCUGUUUCCAAAGACUCCCUCUCUGUUGCCUGGAGACCACCCAAAUAUGAUGGUGGUGCAGACGUGACCAGCUAUGUUCUUGAGUCCCGAAUGAUUGGCCAUGACAACUUUGUGAAAGUCGGUGGGGAGGAGAAGCUGAUGGAUAGGAAGUUCACGCUAACUGGGCUGAAGGAAGGCUCAAGCCAUGAAUUCAGAGUCUCUGCUGUCAACCAGGUGGGACAGGGCAAACCAUCUUUUGCCACCAAACCUGUGCAGUGCAAAGAUGAACUUGAGCCACCUACUCUGGAUCUGGAGUUCAGGGACAAGAUAAUGGUAAAAGUAGGAGACACCUGUAUGCUAUCGGGACGCUACAGCGGUAAACCAGCCCCUGCUAUCGCCUGGACAAAGAAUGAUGAGGACCUGAAGGCAGAUGAGGAAAUCAGCCUCCACACCACCACUCAUCACCUCAGCCUCAGCAUCAGCAAGGCCAAGAGAGAACACAGUGGCCGGUAUUGUGUCAGUGUGGAGAAUGCUGCCGGCACUCGCUUAGGAAUCUGCACCAUCGUUGUGGUCGACCGUCCUCAGCCACCAGAGGGCCCCGUAGUGUUCAAUGAAGUCUACAGGAAUUACAUGGUAAUCUCCUGGAACCCUCCUCUGGAUGACGGAGGCUGCGCUGUUUCCAACUACAUCAUUGAGAAGAGAGAUACCAACAGAGACUUGUGGAUGCCUGUCAUCUCAUCCUGUACCAGGACCACCUGCAAGGUGCCAAAGCUGAUCGAAGGCCGGGACUACAUUGUCCGCAUCAUGGCUCAGAACAUCUAUGGCAUUAGCGAUCCCCUCCUGUCAGCAGAGUCUAAAGCUAGAGACAUCUUCAAGGUACCUGAUGCUCCUAAGCAGCCCACAGUGAAGGAGGUUUACCAUGACUCUGCCCUGAUCAGCUGGGAGCCACCUGCUGAUGGAGGGAAACCAAUCAUAGGCUACAUUGUGGAGAGGAAGGAGACCAUGGCCAACAGGUGGGUUCGCUGUAACACAGAAAGAAUCCAUCCUAAGGUGGAUUACUGGGUGACUGAACUGCUGAAGGGCUGUGAGUAUGAGUUCAGGGUCAGUGCUGAGAAUGAAGUGGGAGCUGGAGACCCAAGCCCACCAUCUAAACCCAUCUUUGCCAAAGAUCCCAUUGUGAAACCCAGUCCACCAGUGAACCUACAGGCUGUUGACUUCACCAAGGAGUCAGUGACCCUGUCCUGGGAGCCACCUACUGACAGCGGCAGAGGAAAGAUCUUUGGGUACCUGCUGGAGUUCCAGAAGGCUGGAGAGGAGGAAUGGCACAAGGUGAACCAGACUCCAGACUCCUGCAAAGAAACAAAGUUUAAGAUUAUCAACCUGGAAGAUGGUGUUUUGUACCGCUUCAGAGUCAUGGCUGUCAAUGCUGCCGGGGAGUCCAACCCAGCUAACAUUACUGAGCCAAUCAAAGUACAGGACAGACUUGAGCCCCCAGAGUUGAUUCUGGAUGCUGGAAUGACACGAGAGGUGAAAGCCAUGGUUGGCACUCACAUCACACUGAUAGCUGGAAUCAAAGGUGUCCCAUUCCCUACUGUCACCUGGAAGAAGAACGAUGCAGAGGUUCCCCCUCGGGCAGAUAUUGAAACCAGUCAGGCAGGCACCAAGCUGGAGAUGAGGUUCUGUCACCGUGGUGACUGUGGAGAUUACACCCUAACUGUGGAGAACCCAGCUGGAUCCAAGACUGUCACCUGCACUGUGCUGGUUCUUGACAAACCUGGUCCCAUCCAGCACCUCCGUGUGUCUGAUGUGAGGAGCGACUCUGCCUACCUGUCCUGGAAAGACCCAGAAGACAGUGGUGGUGUUCGCAUCACUAACUUUGUAGUAGAGAAGAAAGAUACAGCUUCCACUCAGUGGGUCCCUGUCUGCUCCACAUCCAAGAAACGCAGCAUGAUGCUGAAGCACCUGAUGGAAGGCAGAUCCUACGUGUUUAGAGUUGCUGCAGAAAAUCAGUUUGGCCGCAGUGAAUUUGUUACGACACCAAAGGCCAUCAAGGCAAUGAACCCACUCUUCCCUCCUGGUCCUCCCAAAGACCUGCAUCAUGUUGACAUGGACAAGACUGAGGUGUGGUUGGCCUGGAACUGGCCCGAUCGUAAUGGAGGAAGUGAGAUCACAGGCUUCCUCGUAGAGUAUCAGGAAGAGGGAGAGAAAGACUGGUAUGAGUGGAAGACUGUCAGCAUCCCUGAGAGCCAUGUCACUGGUCUGGAGGAGGGAAAGACCUACCGCUUCAGAGUGAGGGCUGAGAAUGCCAUUGGCCUCAGCAGACCUGACACAACAGUGCCCAUCCUCUGCCAGGAGAAACUAGUGGCUCCAAUUGUUGAAGUUGAUGUUAAGCUCACUGAAGGCAUCAUCGUGAAGGCUGGAACCACCAUCAGGCUGCCAGCUAUAAUGAGAGGAAUCCCUGUCCCAACUGCCAAGUGGUCCAUCGAAGGAGAGGAGAUCACCAGCCAGGGCAACAUUAAGAUUGACACUGAUAAUUUCUCCACUGUUCUCAACAUUAAUGAGUGCACCAGAAACCACACUGGCACCUACCUGCUUGCCGUGUCCAACCCAGCAGGAACCAAGACAGUGGCCUUAAAUGUCACUGUACUGGAUGUUCCUGCUGCUCCCAUUGGACCAGUCAACAUUCUGGAGGUCACGCCAGAUUCUAUGACAAUUGAGUGGCGUCCUCCUAAGGAUGACGGUGGGAGCGCUGUAACCAACUACAUCGUGGAGAAAAGAGAGUCCACCAAGGAGACGUGGGGAGGUGUGAGCUCUGGUAGCAUUGCCACUAAGCUCCGAAUCACCCGUCUUCAGAGGGGAGUGGAAUAUGUACUUCGCAUUCGUGCUGAGAACAAGAUGGGCAUUGGUGCUCCUCUGGAGAGCAAGCCCACUGUUGCUGAGCAUUCCUUCAUGCCUCCCAGUCCUCCUGGUAAGCCACAGUCCUCUGAUAUCUCAGAGGAUGCUGUUACACUUGGCUGGACCAUGCCCCUGUCUGAUGGUGGUAGUCAGAUCAGUGGCUACAUCAUUGAGCGCAGACACAAGGGAGGAAAGUGGAUUCGUGUUAACAAGACACCUUGCAAGGACCUGAGGUACCGAGUCCUGGGUCUAUUUGAGGGCAGCGAGUAUGAGUUCAGAGUGUUUGCUGAGAAUAUUGCUGGAUAUAGUGGCCCUUCACCCAUCUCUGACACCUGUAAACCCUGCAGACCCAUCACUGUCCCAAGUCCCCCUGUCAACCCUAAAGUUAAGGAUUACAGCAAGGUCACUGCUGACCUGGUGUGGACCAAACCGACCAAAGAUGGAGGCAGCCCCAUCCUGGGUUAUACUGUAGAGAUGAAAAAAGGUGAUGCUGAAGAAUGGAAAAAAGUCAACGUAGAAGACUUAAUCAAGCAGUGUGCCUACAGGGUGAAGGGUCUAGAGGAGGGUGUGACCUAUAGAUUCAGAGUCAGUGCUUCAAACAUGAUUGGAGAUGGGGAGCCAAGAGAAAUCCCAGAGUCGAUCACUGCUCAGGAUAUCCUUAUACCUCCAGAGAUUGAGAUGGAGGUCACCUGCCGUGAUUGUGUUACUGUGCGUGUCGGACACAACAUCAACAUCAUGGGCUACAUCAAAGCUCGCCCUGACCCUGAAGUGUUUUGGUUGAAAAAAGAGACAGUUUUAGAGAACAGCAAACGUGUCACCAUCACGCAGAACCUUCCUAUGGUCCACCUAAAGAUCAAGGAAGCCACAAGGGAGGACCAUGGCAAAUAUACCCUGAAAGCUUCAAAUGAGGGUGGUGAGGCUUCCUGCACGAUCACAGUUAAUGUGCUAGACAGACCCAGCCACUGCCAGAACUUGCAUGUGACCUAUGCCACCAAGGACUCAUGCAUGAUCAACUGGGAGGCCCCUAAGGACAAUGGUGGAUCCGAGAUCACCAACUACAUUGUGGAGUGCAGAGAGCCUAGUAUUAGCAUGUGGUCUAUGAUCUCUUCCAGCUGCACUAAUCGCAAGAUCAAGACCAAGCUGAUGGAAGGCCAUGAGUACCUGUUCCGUGUCUGCGCUGAAAACAAGCUAGGACCAGGACCCUCUGUGGAGACCAAGACCCCGUUAUUGGCCAUUGACCCCAUUGAUAAUCCCGGUGAGCCUGAGAAAUUCAGAGCCACUGACAUUGGUAAGAAUUAUGUCUGUUUGAGGUGGAGAAAGCCUGACUAUGAUGGCGGAAGUCCCAACCUGUCCUACAACCUGGAGUGUAAAUCUAAAGAUGCUGAGGAGUGGCAAAGACUCAACACCAGUACUCUCACAGACACCUUCUUUUUGGCUGAUAAGUGUGUGGAAAAUCAUACAUACACCUUCAGAGUACAGACAGUCAGUGAAGGAGGUGAGAGUGCCUGGGUGAAACUUGCAGAUAUUCUGGUGAGGGAGGAGAUCCAGAAGCCUGUCAUUGACCUGAAGUUGGCUGGAACAUUGACAGUAAAGGCUGGAGAGUCAGUCAGAAUGGAGGCUGCGCUGAGAGGAAAGCCCCAGCCCGAGGUUAAAUGGACAAAAGAUAAGGCUGUUGGAGACAAUCCCAGAAUAAGCUAUGAAACUGGCCCUGACUACUCCAAAUUUCUGAUGACUAAGUCCAGACGCAGUGACACAGGAAAAUACAUCAUCACUGCCACCAAUUCAGCUGGUACCUUCACGGCAUAUGCCAACAUUAAUGUCCUGGAUGUUCCCGGCCCAGUGAGGAACCUGAGGAUUACUGGGAUUGGAGCUGACAAGUGCAGAGUGGUAUGGGAUGCUCCAGAGGAUGAUGGUGGUUGUGAGGUGGACAGCUACAUCCUAGAGAAAUGUGAGACCAGGAGAAUGGUCUGGUCCACAUAUUCAUCCUCUGUGGUCACACCGUACUGCAAUGUCACUCGUUUGGUGGAAGGGAAUGAGUACAUUUUCAGAGUAAGGGCUGAGAACAAGAUGGGUACUGGUCCCGCUAUGGAGAGUAAGCCUGUAACUGUCAAAACUCAGUUCAGCAGACCUGGACCCCCUGAUGCCCCUGAAGUCACCAAGGUGAGUAAAGAUGAGAUGACUGUGGUAUGGGCUCCUCCUGAAAAUGAUGGAGGAAAGUCAAUUACUGGCUACAUCCUCGAGAGAAAAGAGAAGAGGGCAGUGCGCUGGGUAGCUUGCACCAAGAGCCCCAUCUCUGAGAGACGCAUGAAAGUAACCAACCUGAUUCCAAACCAUGAGUACCAGUUCAGAGUAAAAGCUGAGAACGAAGUCGGCCUUGGCGAGCCCAGCAAACCCUGCCGGCCAGUUGCAGCCAAAGAUCCUAUUGAGCCACCUGGUCCCCCUGCAGGCCUGAAAGUGGCUGACAGCACAAAGACCUCUAUCACUCUGUCCUGGUCUAAACCCGUGUAUGACGGUGGUGCCCCCAUCAUAGGCUAUAGCUUGGACAUGAGGCUGAAAAGUGAGGCAGAUCCUGAGAAUCCCACAGUGGGCUGGAAGAGAAUUGAUACCCACGGUCCACUGGUGCUCACAGAGUUCACCAUCAGCCAGCUCGAUGAGAAGCAGGAGUAUGAGUUCAAGGUGUCAGCCCAAAACCAGGUGGGCUGGGGACGUCAUGCCUAUUUGAAGGAGGCAGUGUCUCCCAAGGAAGUCCUGGAGGCUCCAGAAAUUGAGUUGGAUGCCAGUCUGAGGAAAGGCCUGUCUGUGAGGGCUGGUUGUCCUAUAAGGCUUUUCGCCGUGAUUAGAGGAAGACCUGCCCCCAAGGUUACAUGGAAACGGUUGGGUGUGGACAAUGUAGUCCGGCGAGGUCACGUGGACCAGGUUGACACCAUGUCCUUCCUAGUCAUUCCUGAGAGCACCAGAGAGGAUUCUGGAAAAUAUUCACUCACUCUGUCUAACUCAGCUGGAGAGAAAGCUGUAUUUGUCCGUGUCAAAGUCCUUGACACACCUGGCCCUGUUGGCGGCCUGGAUGCAACUAACGUCACCAAGACAACAGCUCAACUCUCCUGGAUGCCACCAGAGAAUGAUGGAGGCAGCCCCAUCCUCAACUACACUGUGGAGAAACGGGAGGUGGAUAGGAAGACCUGGACUAAGUGCACAGAGGACCUGAAGAAGACCAGCUUCAAGAUCACCAACCUCACACCUGGUAUUGAGUAUUACUUUAGAGUAAUGGCCUGCAACAAGUAUGGCAUUGGAGUUCCUCAGGACUCGCCCAGGUCCUACUUGGCCGUUGACCCCAUCAGUGAGCCAGACCCUCCAAAGAAGAUGGAUGUGUUAGAGAUCACCAAGAAUAGUGCCACACUGGGCUGGCUGAAACCUCUCAGAGAUGGAGGUGCCAAAAUUAAUGGUUAUGUGGUGGAUUACCAGGAGGAGGGUGCGCCCGAGGGCAAGUGGACAUCAUAUUCUGUGGUCAAAGACCUGACUAUCGUGGUGGUUGGUCUGAAAGAAGGAAAGAAGUACAAGUUCAGAGUGGCAGCCAGGAACUCAGUGGGAGUCAGUUUGGCUCGAGAGGCAGAGGGAAUGUUUGAAGUUAAGGAGCAGCUCAUGGCUCCAAAGAUAAUCAUGCCUGACAUUGUGACGGUCAGAGCUGGAUCCAAGAUGGUGAUUGAGGCUAUUGUGGCAGGAAAGCCUGCUCCCUACUGCAAGUGGAAGCAGGGCAAUGAGGACGUGCUGACCUCUGACCGCCUGUUUCUUGUAAAGACACUGACAACUAACACACUUAUUAUCAAGAAUGUAACAAGAAAGGAUAGUGGUUACUACAGCUUGUCGGCUGAGAACAGUACCGGCAAGAUUAAUCAGAUCCUCAAAGUCAUCGUCAUGGACAUUCCUGGACCCCCUGAAGCUCCUUUAGAGAUCACUGAACUGGACAUUGAUGCCUGCACACUGCUCUGGAACUCUCCUCAGGAGGAUGGUGGCAGCAACAUCACCAGCUACAUUGUAGAGAAGUGUGACAUUAGCCAAGGUGACUGGGUCACCGUUUCUGCAUCUUGCACAAAAACCAGCUUCAGAAUAACCAAACUGACACCUGGCAAAGAGUACGGCUUCCGUGUCCGUGCUGAAAAUAGGUUUGGUAUCUCUGAGCCCACCUACUCUGAGAAGAUGAUUGCCAGAUAUCCAUUUGAUCCUCCAAGUGAACCGAGAAACCUGCAGAUUAACAAGGUCAACAAGGAUUUUGUCAUUCUAUCAUGGGAGCGCCCCACCUCUGAUGGUGGCAGCCCCAUCACUGGAUAUUGCAUUGAGAAGAAGGAGAGGAACAGCAUUCUGUGGGUGAAGUCUAAUGAGUCUGUGGUCAAAGCCACCCAGUACACCUGCACAGGCCUGAUUGAAGGCCUGGAGUACACCUUCAGGGUGUCAGCACAAAACCAGGCUGGACAGGGCAAACCUUGCAAACAGACAGACUUCAUCACUGCUAGGACUGCUAUUGACCCACCAGGUAAACCUGAGCCUAUGGAUGUGACCAAGAACUCUGUCUCAUUGGUGUGGAGCCGUCCAAAGCAUGACGGUGGCAGCAAGUUGAUUGGCUACUACAUGGAAUAUACAAAGCUUCCAGAAGAAAAGUGGACUCGCUGCAAUGCCAACUGCAUGAAUAUCCAAACAGAGAACUAUGUGGUAACCGGCCUAGAGGAGGGUCAACAAUACCAGUUUAGAGUCAUCGCCAAGAGCGCGAUUAACAUCAGCUUGCCAUCCGAUCUAUCUGAUCCCAUUCCUGUCAUCGCAGAGAAUGUUGCUCCUCGUGUGGAACUGGGUGUUAAUAUGAAGAACCUGAUCAUGGUGAAAGCUGGAGAGAAUGUCUUCCUGGAUGCUGAGGUGUUUGGCAAACCACUUCCCAAAGUGAGCUGGAAGAAGGAUGGGCUGCCUCUUGUCCUCACCGAGGGAAUGAAGAUGUCGCAAAAGAAACAUCUUCAUCUGCUGGAGCUAUACUCUGUCACCAGGAAGGAGUCUGGGGACUACACUAUUACAGCUGAAAAUGUCAAUGGCACCAAGUAUGCCACCAUAAAGGUCAAGGUACUCGACAAACCUGGCCCUCCAGCCUCAGUGAAAAUUAGUAAGGUCUUUGCCGACCGUAUUAAACUGCGAUGGGAGCCACCACUUGCAGACGGAGGUUCUGAAAUCACUAACUACAUCAUUGAGAAGCGUGAGACCAGCAGGGCCAACUGGGCACUGGUCACCUCAAACAUCCAUGGACACAUCACUGACUGCUCAGUGGAGAAACUUAUUGAGGGACAUGAAUACCAGUUCAGAGUCAGUGCUGAAAACCAGUAUGGUGUGGGAGACCCCACUAUGACUGACGCUGUCACAGUCAAGAACCCAUAUGAUGUUCCUGGUCCAUGUGAGCCACCAGUCAUCACCAACAUCACUAAGGACUCCAUGACAGUCAGCUGGAAGGCCCCAGCCAAUGAUGGCAAGUCUCCAAUCCUAGGCUACAUGGUGGAGAAACGUGAGGCCACUGAGCUGAGCUGGGCUAAGGUUAACCGCCGACCAGUCAUUGAUAGGACCAUUAAGGCCAUUCAGCUGACCGAGGGCUCUGAGUAUGAGUUCAGAGUCAUUGCUAUAAACAAGGCUGGUCUUGGCAAACCCAGCGAUGCCUCCAAUGCUGCACUGGCUGUUGACCCUGUCUAUCCUCCCGGGCCACCUGCCUUCCCCAAGGUGGUGGACUCUACCAAGACCUCAGUUAGCCUUAGCUGGACCAAACCAGCAUAUGAUGGUGGCUGUGAGAUCAUUGGAUACCUGGUUGAGUGCAAGCGAGCUGAUGCAGAAAACUGGACAAAGUGCAAUGUACCAAAGAAACUCCAGGCCACCAGAUUCCUGGUGACAGGCCUGAUGGACAACACUGAGUACCAGUUCAGAGUCAUUGCUGUCAACAAGAUUGGUUACAGUGAGCCCAGCGAGGUGCCUGGAAACUACAUGCCCAAGGAUAUACUGAUUGCUCCUGAAGCUGAACUGGAUGCUGACCUAAGAAAGGCUUUGGUUUUGCGAGCUGGCGUAACUAUGAGGCUCUAUGUACCACUGAGAGGACGCCCAGCACCAAAGGUGACAUGGACAAAAGUUGAUGAUAACUUGAAGGAAAGGCAAGGUCUGCUGAUCAAGACAUCAGACUGGGACACCCUACUAAUGAUUGAGGAUGUUAGCAGAUACGAUACUGGAAAAUAUGUUCUGUCACUGGAGAACGAUAGUGGUUCCAAGAGCUAUACCAUCGUAGUCAAGGUCCUUGAUUCUCCCGGCCCACCUGUUAACCUGAUUGUGAAGGAAACCUCCAGAACCCAUGCCUGGAUCUCCUGGGAUGCCCCACUGCUAGAUGGUGGUAGUCCAGUGAAGAACUACAUUGUAGAGAAACGUUUGGCUGAGAGGAAGGCCUGGACCUGUGUGUCGGCAGAAUGUCCAAAGACUUCCUUCAGGAUCACGAACCUGGAGGCAGGACAGGCCUACUGCUUCAGAGUUCUAGCUGAAAACGCCUAUGGCAUUGGAGAGGGCUGUGAGACUGCAGGCAGCAUCAGGGCUUCUGAACAACCUGGUCCAGUGACAGACUUCAAACCCCAGAAGACUACCAAGGAUUCUAUCACCCUGGGCUGGAAGAAGCCAAUCAAUGAUGGUGGAAGUUAUGUUACUGCAUACAUCCUGGAGCAGGGUGAAGGAGAGGAGAAGUGGAAGCAGAUCAUGAAGGGAAAGAACACCUCACACACUAUUGGUGAACUGACUGAGGGCAAGGAAUAUUCCUUCAGGGUCAAGGCACUGAACGAGUCUGGAGAAGGACCACCCACUGAGCUCACUGCUAUUGCCAAGGACCAGUUUGUGCUCCCUGAUUGCAACUUAAGUGAGCUGUAUGAUGGCUGCUAUGUGGUUAAGGAGGGCAGCACCACACGUAUCAACAUCCCCAUCACUGGAGUGCCCUACCCCGCAGCUACCUGGAAGAAGGGUGAUGUAGCACUGGGUGAUACUGGCCGAAUGUGUGUUGAAGCAUCUCAGGGCAUCACUACCUUAUUGAUCAGAGACUGCCAGAGAGGAGAUGCUGACAUCUACACUAUAAACGUCAGAAACAGUGCUGGCUCAAAGGAUUGCAAGUUCCAGGUGAAGGUAGUUGGCAAACCUGGCAUCUGCACUGGACCCAUUAAGUUUGAUGAGAUUACUGCCGACGGCAUCACACUGGAGUGGGGACCACCCAAAGAUGAUGGUGGUGCAGAGGUAUCCAAUUACAUUGUGGAGAAGAGGAGGACAACAGAUAAUAAGUGGGCUACAGUGGCUUCUGCCAUCCAGAAGACCACAAUGAGAGUGAUCAGACUCCACGAUGGAAUAGAAUACAUCUUUAGAGUGUUUGCUGAAAACAAGUAUGGGGUUGGAGAAUAUCUGAGGUCUGACCCAGUCAUUGCCCAGCAUCCCUUCAAUGUUCCUGGGGCACCUACUCCACCAGAAAUUGUAAGCAUCAGCCAUGAAUCAGCCAUCUUGACUUGGACUGAUCCAAAGGACACUGGUGGUUCCCAAAUUACUGGAUAUCACAUAGAAUUUAAGGAGAAAAACAGUCUGAUGUGGAAACGGGCAAGCAAGACUCCUCUGAGAGUGAAAGAAUGUAGAGUCACUGCACUGAUAGAAGGAUUAGAGUAUGAAUUCAGGGUGAUGGCCAUGAAUAUGGCUGGCCUGGGAAAGGCUAGCAAAGUGACUGAGGCCAUAGUUGCUUUGGAUCCUAUUGAUCCUCCUGGCAAACCUGAAGUGAUCAGUGUUACCAGGAGCACAGUAACUCUGAUAUGGACAGCUCCCAAAUAUGAUGGUGGCUACAAGUUGACUGGCUACAUCAUAGAGAAACUUGAGGCCAGUGGUAAAGCCUGGAUAAAAGCCAAUCAUGUCAACAUUCAGGCCUGUGCUUUCACUGUGACUGACCUGACUGAAGGAUCCCAGUAUCAAUUCAGAAUCAGGGCCAGGAAUGCUGCAGGUGCUAUCAGUGUUCCUUCAGAGUCUACUGACCUUUUGACCUGCAAGGAUGAAUAUGAGCCUCCAACCAUCACUAUUGACCCAGAAAUGAAAGAUGGUAUAUCCGUCAGAGCAGGAGACACAAUUAUAAUCUCAGCCUCUAAGAUUGUGGGCAAGCCUCCACCUACUGCAAUCUGGUCCAAGAAAGGACGUGAGUUAAAGAACUCUGACAUUGUCACCAUCACCAGUACCCCAACCUCCUCUACUUUGGCUAUUAAGUAUGCAAGCCGGAAGAACACAGGGGAGUACACCAUCACUGCUAGCAACCCCUUUGGUAUUAAAGAAGAACAUGUUAAGGUGAAGGUGUUAGAUGUUCCUGGACCUCCAGGCCCAAUCGAAGCCAGUAACAUUUCAGCCGAGAAGUGUACCCUGACUUGGCUUCCACCAGAGGAGGAUGGGGGCUGCUCUAUCAAAUCCUACAUCCUUGAGAAGAGAGAAACCAGUCGACUACAGUGGACCAAGCUUGCUGAAAAUGUCGUGGACUGCAGAUACGUAGUAAGCAAACUGAUCAAGGGCAACGAGUACAUCUUCAGAGUGUCUGCCGUGAACCAAUAUGGUACAGGAGAUUCAACCCAGUCUGGUCCAGUCAAAAUGGUUGAUAGUUUUGGCCCUCCUGGUCCACCCUCAGCCCCAGAGAUUGAUAAUGUCAGUAGGAAUGCUGUCACCAUUUCAUGGAAGAGACCAGCACAAGACGGGGGAAGUGACAUCAGAGGAUAUUGUGUAGAGAGGAAAGAGAGGAGAGGACUGAGAUGGGUCAGAGCCUGUAAGCGGACUAUCCCUGACCUGCGGUUUAAAGUGCAAGGCCUGAGUGAGGGAGUAGAGUACGAGUUUAGAGUCACUGCUGAGAACAAGGCUGGAUUUGGGGAGCCGAGUGAACCAUCACGCCCUGUCAUGACAAAAGACAUUGUGUAUCCACCUGGUCCCCCAUCCAACCCUAGAAUUACAGAAACCACCAAAAACUCAGCCACAUUCACCUGGGGCCGACCCCACUAUGAUGGUGGUCUCGAAGUAGACGGGUACAUUGUUGAAUAUAAAAAGGAAGGACAUGAGGAUUGGGAGACAGAGACACAGUAUCCACUGAAAGCUACUGAAUAUGUUAUUGGUAAACUCCAAAAAGGAGGCAAAUAUCACUUCAGGGUUAGUGCCGUAAACUCUGAGGGAGUGGGUGAGCCUGCAGAGGUUGAGAAAGUGACUGAACUUGUGGACCAGGAGAUGUUGCCAGACUUUGAGCUGGAUGCCGAGCUCAGAAGAACGCUGGUAGUUAGAUGUCGUGCUUCAAUCCGCAUGUUUGUUCCUAUCAGGGGCCGCCCUGUCCCUGAAGUCACAUGGAGCAAGGAUGAUACUAACCUGAAAACACGUGCACACAUUGAUACCACAGAGUCCUACACUCUGCUGGUUAUUCCUGAUUGCACAAGAUAUGAUGCUGGAAAAUACCACCUCUGUCUGGAGAAUGUUGCCGGAAAGAAGACUGGCUUUGUUAAUGUGAAAGUUCUGGAUACACCAGGGCCACCAGUCAAUCUCAAACCUAGAGAGAUCACUAAAAACAGCAUCACCCUACAGUGGGAAAUUCCCAUAAUUGAUGGUGGUUCUAAGAUUCAUAACUACAUUGUUGAAAAAAGAGCAGCCACCAAGAAGGCCUACACAGUGCUUAGCACCACAUGGCAGAAGUGUUCCUUCAAAAUUCCAGACCUCGAGGAGGGAGCUUACUACUAUUUCCGUGUCUCAGCUGAGAAUGACCUGGGUGUAGGUGAGCCAGCUGAAACCCCAGUGCCAAUCAGGGUGUCCCAAGCCCCCUCUGCACCAGAAAAUUUGUACGUCACUGAUGUUACCUGUGAUAGUGCCAGCCUUGCAUGGACCAAGCCCCUUCAUGAUGGUGGGAGCUUGAUCACUGGAUAUGUCAUUGAGGCCCAAAAGAAGGACACUGACCAGUGGGUCCAUGUGGCCACUAUUAAGGCUCUGGAUUAUACUGUAACAGAUCUGAUUGAGGGUGCCGAAUAUACCUUCCGUAUAAUAGCUGUCAAUGCGUCAGGCAGGAGUGAUCCCCGUGAGAGCAGGCCAGCUAUUAUCAAAGAACAGACUUCUGCUCCUUCAUUUGACCUGCGUGGGGUCUACCAGAAGACUGUCAUUGCUAAGGCGGGGGAUCGGUUGAAGGUGGAGAUUCCUGUUUUAGGCAAACCCAGGCCUGUGGUGUCAUGGAAGAAGGGAGAUACAGGGCUCAAGGAGACACAAAGAAUCAACAUCGAAUCCACAGUAACAUCAACUAUUCUCAACAUCAAUGAGAUCAAGAGGACAGAUGGAGGCCAGUAUUCUAUGACUGGUAAGAACAUGCUGGGUACAGUGUCAGAGACAAUCACAGUCCUGGUCCAUGACAUUCCUGGACCUCCAACUGGUCCUAUUAAGCUGGAAGAGGUUUCAUGUGAUUACGUGCUGAUGUCCUGGGAUCCACCAGAAAAUGAUGGAGGUGUUCCCAUCAACAACUAUAUUGUUGAAAUGCGUGAGACCACUGGCACUUCAUGGGUGGAGCUGGCAGCUACAGUGAUCCGCACCACAUUUAAGGCAGCCAGACUCACUACCGGAACCCAGUAUCAGUUUCGUGUCAAGGCCCAGAACAAAUAUGGCAUUGGACCAAGCAUUAUCUCUGAACCAGUGUUAGCUGUCUAUCCAUUUGAUGUCCCAAGCCAGCCAGGCACUCCUGUGGUCACAUUUUUCAAUAAGGAUUCUAUGACUCUUAGUUGGAAUGAGCCAUCCUCUGAUGGAGGCAGUGCCAUUCUGGGCUAUCAUGUGGACAGAAAAGAGAAAAACAGCAUUCUGUGGCAGAGGAUCAGCAAAGCUUUUGUUGUUGGAAAUAUCUUUAAAUCAACAGGCCUUGUUGAUGGAAUUGCAUAUGAACACCGUGUUAUUGCUGAAAAUAUGGCUGGUCUCAGCAAACCCAGCAAACCCUCUGAGCCCAUGUAUGCUCUCGACCCAGUUGACCAACCAGGUAGGCCGGUAGCACUGAAUAUUACCAGGCAUGAGGUGACCUUGUCGUGGACUAAGCCAGAGGGAGAUGGAGGAUUUUCUAUUACUGGAUACACUGUAGAGAGGAGAGAGAUGCCCAAUGGACGCUGGCUCAAAGCAAACUUCAACAACAUUCUAGAAACCAUCUACACAGUUAGUGGUCUGACUGAAGAUGCAAUCUAUGAAUUCCGUGUGUUUGCUAGGAACUCAGCUGGCGCUGUUAGUGCUCCAUCCCAGCCAUCUGAGGCAAUCACAUGCAGAGAUGACAUUGAAGAGCCCCGGCUUGAUGUAGAUGCAUCAUAUAGCAGCCCUGUUGUUGUCAUGGCCGGAGAGGUAUUCAAGCUGGAGGCCAGUGUGACUGGAAGGCCAAUCCCAUCUCUGGUAUGGACCAAAGAAGGAAAAGAGCUUGAGGAUACAGCCAAAAUGGAGAUAAAGACAUCUGACUUCCACACAACUUUAAUAAACAAAGAUUCACUGAGGAGGGAUGGUGGUACUUUCACUUUGACUGCCAGCAAUCCUGGUGGCUUUGCUAAGUUCAUAUACAAUGUCAAGGUGCUCGAUAGACCAGGACCUCCAGACUCCCUCACUGUAACAGAUGUCACUGCUGAGAAAUGUGUCCUUAACUGGCUUCAUCCAACACAUGAUGGUGGUGCCAAGAUUGAGUACUUUAUCAUUCAGAGACGAGAGACCAGUAGGCUGGCUUGGACAAAUGUGGCCACAGAUCUUCAAGCAAAUAGGUUCAAGGUCACCAAGCUUCUGAAGGGCAAUGAAUACAUUUUUAGAGUCAUGGCUGUUAACAAGUAUGGUGUGGGUGAACCUGUGGAGUCCGAACCUGUCAUCUGUGCCAACCCCUAUGUUCCCAGUGACCCACCACAGCAGCCUGAAGUCACAAUAAUCACCAAGGACUCUAUGGUUAUUUGUUGGGAUCGCCCUGAACAUGAUGGGGGCAGCAGAAUAAACACAUAUAUAAUUGAAAGAAGGGAUAAGACUGGGCUGCGCUGGGUCAAGUGCAACAAGAGGACUGUAACUGACUUGCGAUUCAAGGUCUCAGGCCUCACACCAGGACAUGAAUAUGAAUUCAGAGUUCUUGCUGAGAAUAAUGCUGGACUAAGUCAGCCCAGCCCAUCCAGUCCUUUCUACAAAGCCACAGACACCAUCUUCCAGCCUGGACCUCCAGGGAACCCCAGAGUGCUGGACACAACCAAGUCUUCUAUCACACUUGCAUGGAACAAGCCUGUCUAUGAUGGUGGUUCAGAAAUUACUGGUUACGUUGUGGAGACCUGCCUUCCUGACGACGAUGAGUGGACAAUUCAGACUCCUAAGAAUGGCUGGACAGCCACUUCAUUCACCAUCACCAACCUGAAGGAAAACCAAGAGUAUAAAAUCAAUAUCUCUGCCACUAAUUGUGAAGGAGUGGGAGAGCCUGCUACUGUUCCUGGAACCCCCAAGGCUGAAGAAAGACAGGUUCCUCCAGAAAUCGAACUUGGAGCAGAACUGCGUAAGGUGGUCUGCAUCAGAGCCUGCAGUACUCUCAGACUAUUUGUCCCUAUCAGGGGCAGACCAGCACCUGAAGUAAAAUGGUCUAGAGAGCACGGAGAAUCUCUAGAUAAAGCUAACAUUGAAAUCACCCCAUCAUUCACCACUCUUCAGGUAGACAAUGUUGACAGGUAUGAUGGAGGUAAAUACACUGUGACCAUAGAGAAUGCUUCAGGAAGCAAGACAGCCUUUGUUAAUGUCAGGGUGCUAGAUACUCCCGGAGCACCUCAGAAUCUGAUUGUCAAGGAGGUCACUAAAGAUUCAGUUUCCCUUGUUUGGGAUGCUCCUGUCAUUGAUGGUGGCUCCAGGGUCCGCAACUACAUUGUGGAGAAGCGUGAAUCAACCAGAAAGGCUUAUUCAACUGUCUGUGCCAGCUGCCAUAAGUCUAGUUGGAAAGUUGGAGACCUGGAGGAGGGAAAGAUGUACUUCUUUAGAAUCUUGGCUGAGAAUGAAUAUGGCAUUGGCCUCCCAGUAGAGACUCUUGAACCAAUUAAAGUAUCAGAAAGGCCUCUGCCCCCAGGCAAAGUGUCGCUUCGUGAAGUUACCAGCAAAAGUGUCACAUUAACUUGGGAAAAGCCUGACCAUGAUGGUGGAAGCAGAAUCACUGGCUAUGCAGUUGAGAUGCAAGGAAAAGGCAGUGAGAUGUGGACCCAGGUCAUGGUUGUAAAAACCAACGAGGCUCAUGUAUCUGGCCUUACACAGGGGGAGGAGUAUAUGUUCCGAAUUUCAGCCAUUAAUGAAAAGGGAGUCAGUGACCCACGCCCUCUCAAUGUGCCUGUGGUUGCUAAGGACCUGGUCAUCUCACCAACAUUCAAACUCAUUUUCAGCACAUUUAGUGUGCUAGCAGGGGAUGAUCUGAAGAUAGAUGUACCAUAUGCUGCCUAUCCCAAGGCUACAGCAACUUGGCUCAAAGAUGGUGUUGUUCUCAAGGAAACAACAAGAGUUAAUGCGGAAGCCACAGACAAAAAUCUUCUCCUUGUCAUUAAGGAGGCUUGCAGAGAUGAUGUGGGAACAUAUACUGUCAAACUCACUAACACAGCUGGAGAGACAUCCACAGAUAUCAGUGUUAUUGUUUUAGAUAAGCCUGGUCCUCCAACGGGUCCAAUUAAGCUAGAUGAGGUCACUGCUGACAGCGUGAUCCUGUCCUGGGAUCCACCGCAGUAUGAUGGUGGUUGCACCAUUAAUAAUUACAUCGUUGAGAAAAGAGACACAUCUACCACUAACUGGCAGAUUGUGUCAGCUACAGUGGCAAGAACCACUAUCAAAGCAGCCCGUCUGAAAACUGGAUCUGAGUACCAAUUUAGGAUCGCUGCAGAGAAUAGAUAUGGCAAGUCUUCAGCCCUGUUAUCUGAUACUAUUUUUGCUCAGUAUCCUUUUGAAGUGCCAAGUUCACCACGUUCUGUUGUGGUUCAGUCAACCACCAAGGAGAGCAUGGUGGUUGUAUGGGAGAAGCCCAACAAUGAUGGUGGAAGCACGAUUUUGGGCUACCACUUAGAACUGAAAGAGAGAAACAAUAUAUUGUGGGUGAAACAGAACAAACAACUUAUCCCAGAAACCAGAUUCAAGGUUGUUGGCCUAGAGGAGGGUAUUGAAUAUGAGUUCAGAGUUUAUGCUGAGAACAUUGUUGGCCUCAGCAAAGCCAGCAAAGUGAGUGAAAUACAAGUUGCCAGAGAUCCUUGUGACAGACCAGGAAAACCAGAAGCUGUCAUUAUAACAAGAAGCCAAGUGACACUCAGAUGGACAAAACCCCAGUAUGAUGGUGGUAUUAAGAUCACGGGUUACAUUAUUGAGAAGAAGGAGGGAGCUGGUCGCUGGAUGAAGGCCAGUUUCACCAACAUCACUGAAACUGAAUUUGUUGUCACAGGACUUACUGAGGAUCAGAUUUAUGAAUUCCGUGUCAUUGCCAAAAAUGCAGCAGGUGUCUUCAGCCAGCCUUCUGAUUCUACUGGAGCUAUCACUGCCAAGGAUGAGGUGGAUCCACCCAGGAUUGACUUGGAAGCUAAAUAUUCCCAGGCUGUAGUGGUUAAUGCUGGAGAUACAUUUAAACUUGAGGCUGCUGUUUGUGGUAAACCCGUGCCCACAAUUCACUGGCUGAAAGAGGGUCAAGAAAUUACCGAAGCAGCUCGCCUAGAGCUUAAGAACACAGAUUUCACAGCUUGUCUUGUUGUUAAAGAAGCCAUUCGGGUUGAUGGAGGUCAGUACAUGUUGCUCGUAAAGAAUGUUGGAGGAGAGAAAUCAGUUAAUAUUAAUGUUAAGGUCUUAGACAGACCUGGUGCACCUGAAGGGCCUAUAUCCAUUUAUGGGGUCACUAGUGAGAAAUGCUCCAUUUCCUGGAAGCCUCCCUUGCAAGAUGGAGGAAGUGAUGUUUCUCAUUAUAUUGUUGAGAGGAGAGAAACCAGCAGACUGGUUUGGACCGUAGUUGAACCAAAAGUUCAGACACUGAAUUUGAAGAUCACCAAAUUACUUCCUGGUAAUGAGUAUAUUUUCAGGGUGGUUCCUGUUAACAAAUAUGGAGUUGGCGAGCCACUGGAAUCUGAGCCCAUGGUUGCCAGAAAUCCAUUUGUCACUCCCAACCCACCAACAGGGGUGGAAGUUUCCACAAUCACCAAGGACUCUAUGGUUGUGACCUGGGAGAGACCAACUAAUGAUGGUGGCAGCCCCAUCCAGGGAUACAUUGUUGAGAAACGUGACAAGGAUGGUGUGAGAUGGACCAGAUGCAACAAGCGCAAUGUUAGUGAGCUGCGUUUUAGGGUGACAGGGCUCCUCGAAAACCAUAGCUAUGAAUUCAGAGUUGCUGCUGAGAAUGCUGCAGGUGUUGGCAUGCCUAGUGUGCCAACAGUCUACUACAAAGCACUGGAUCCUGUCUUCAAACCAGGCCCACCAAAUAACCCCAAGGUGGUAGACACAUCGAGAUCCACUGUUUCCCUAACAUGGGGCAAACCCAUCUAUGAUGGUGGCUGUGAGGUUCAGGCUUACAUUGUAGAGGCAUGUAAUGGUGCAUCUGAUGAGUGGUUUAUGUGCACUCCACCCACAGGAAUCAUGGACACAAAAUUUACUGUGACAAAACUUCUGGAAAAGCAUGAAUACCAAUUUAGAGUGUGUGCAAUCAACAAGGUUGGCAUUGGUGAGCAUGCCGAUGUUCCUGGAAAAAUUCUUUUGGAGGAGAAGCUUGAAGCUCCUGAUCUUGAGCUUGAUGCAGAUAUGAGAAAGAUGAUCAACAUCAGAGCAGCAAGUACUCUCAGGUUGUUUGUUCCUGUGAGAGGACGUCCAGCUCCUGAGGUGAAAUGGGGCAAGGCUGACGGUGAGAUUAAGGAAACUGCUCAGAUUGACAAUACAAGCAGCUAUGCAUCACUUGUCAUUGAGAAUGUUGACAGAUUUGAUAGUGGCAAGUACACCCUCACUGCUGAGAACGCUAGCGGAAUAAAAUCAGUCUUCAUAAGUGUCAGAGUCCUGGACUCCCCUGGUCCUCCAGCUAACUUCAUGGUGAAAGAGAUUACUAAGAAUUCUGUCACUCUCACCUGGGAGCCCCCACAACUGGAUGGUGGGUCAAAGAUUAAGCAGUAUAUUGUUGAGAAGCGUGAGAGCACCAGAAAAGUUUACUCUCCCAUCACUACCUGCAACAAGAUGUCAUGGAAAGUUGAACCUCUUCCAGAGGGUGGAAUCUUUUUCUUCAGAGUACUGGCUGAGAAUGAAUAUGGUGUGGGUCUUCCUGCUAAAACUAUUGAACCGGUUAAGAUAUCUGAGAAACCUCAGCCACCUGGCAAGGUUAGUGUUGUUGACGUUACUCAUAGCACUGUAACUCUAACUUGGGAAAAGCCUCAGCAUGACGGUGGUAGUAGAAUCACCUACUAUGAAGUUGAACUGGCUCCCAAGGACAGUGAAGCUUGGUCUGUAUGUGCUAGCGUGAAAGCACUGGAGACAAUAGUGACAAACCUACUUAAGGGAGAGGAGUACCAGUUCAGAGUCGUUGCUGUAAAUGACAAGGGCAAAAGUGACCCGAGACAACUGGCUCAUUCGGUUGUAGCAAAGGAUCUUGUUAUUGAACCUGCUGUUAGACCUAAGGUAAGCUCUUACAGUGUCCAGGUGGGGUAUGACCUCAAGAUAGAGGUCCCAAUUGCUGGUCACCCUAAGCCAAUAGUCACUUGGACCAAGGAUGGGGUAGCCCUUAAGCAGACCACCAGAGUCAAUGUCACUGACUCAGCACAUAAUACCACUCUUACCAUAAAGGAUUCUACAAGAGAUGAUGCAGGUAUGUACAGUAUCAAUGUCACAAAUGCCCUUGGUUCAAAGGAUGCCACUAUUGAGGUGAUCACCUUGGACAAACCAGGUCCACCAACAGGCCCUGUAAAGUUGGAGGAUAUUAGUGCUGAGAGCAUCACUCUCAGCUGGGAACCUCCUACAUAUACAGGUGGCUGUCAGAUCUCCAACUAUGUGGUGGAGAAGAGAGACACAACCACAACCAACUGGAUGGUUGUUUCUGCCACUGUGGCUAGAACCACACUGAAAAUCAGCAAUCUGAAGACGGGCGCUGAGUACCAGUUCAGAAUUUAUGCUGAAAAUAGAUAUGGAAAGAGUUAUGCAAUUGUUUCAGAGCCUGUUGUGGCACAGUAUCCAUUCCAGGAACCAGGCCCACCAGGAACACCAUUUGUUUCUUCAUACACUAAAGACUACAUGGUAGUUGAGUGGCACAAACCCCCAUUUGAUGGUGGCAGUGCCAUUAUGGGCUAUCAUCUGGAAAGGAAAGAGAAGAACAGUAUUCUCUGGACAAAGAUAAACAAAAUGCUCAUCCAAGAUUGCAGAUUUAAAUCUACUCCACUUGAGGAAGGCAUUGAGUAUGAGUACAGAGUCUAUGCAGAGAAUAUUGUUGGCAUUGGUGAAUGUAGCAAAGUAUCUGAGGUUUAUGUUGCCCAUGAUCCAUGUGAUCCUCCUGGCCGUCCUGAGGCUGUGAUUGUGACCAGGCACUCAGUAAAGCUCAGGUGGAUGCCCCCAGAGUACGAUGGUGGAAGUUUAGUUACUGGUUAUCUAGUAGAGAAACGUGACCUUCCUGAAGGAAAGUGGAUGAAGGCUAGCUUCACAAGUAUCAUUGAACAUGAAUUCACAGUUACUGGCCUGACAGAAGAUAGCAAAUAUGACUUCAGAGUAAUUGCAAAGAAUGCUGCUGGUGCUGUCAGCAAGCCCUCUGAGAGCACAGGAUCCAUAACUGCUAAGGAUGAAGUUGUCCCACCAAAGUCUGAGACAGAUCCUAUGUACAACCAGACCCUUGUCAUAAAUGCUGGAGAGACAUUCAGUCUAGAGGCCAGCGUGGAAGGAAAGCCUAUUCCAACUGCUCAGUGGUUCAAGGGAAAUGUUGAAGUUGAAAACUCAGCCAGAGCUGAGAUCAAAAACACAGAUUUUAAAGCUUUGCUUGUUGUGAAGGAUGCUGUCAGAGUGGAUGGUGGACAGUAUACUCUGGUUCUGACAAAUGUGGCAGGAAGUAAGACUAUCCCCUUCACUGUGAAGGUUCUGGACAGACCAGGGCCCUCAGAAGGACCUAUUACUAUCAGCAAUGUUACUGAGGAGAAAUGCUCACUGUCAUGGCUGCCACCCAGGCAUGAUGGAGGAGCCAGCAUUUCUCACUACGUUAUUCAGAAGAGAGAAACUAGCCGCUUGGCAUGGACUGUGGUCUCCAGUGAUUGUGGAGCUACCAUGUUCAAGGUUACAAAACUACUGAAGGGAAAUGAGUAUAUCUUCAGAGUCAUGGCUGUCAACAAAUAUGGCAUAGGUGAGCCUCUUGAAUCAUCACCAGUUAUCAUGAGAAAUCCAUUUGUUUCACCUGGCUCACCUCGGGAUCUUGAGAUCACAAACAUUACCAGGGAUUCUAUGACUGUAUGUUGGAACCGUCCUGAGACCUCAGGAGGCAGUGAGAUUGUUGGUUACAUUGUUGAGAAGAGAGACAGAGCAGGAGUUAGGUGGACUAAGUGCAACAAACGCAGAGUGACAGACUUGCGUUUCAGAGUAACAGGACUGACUGAGGACCAUGAAUAUGAAUUCAGAGUAUCUGCUGAAAAUGCAGCUGGAGUCGGCCAGCCAAGUCCACCAACACCCUAUCUCAAAGCAUGUGACCCCACUUUUGAGCCAGGCUGUCCCACCAAUGUCCAUGUGGUAGACACUACUAAAGACUCCAUCAGUCUGGCUUGGCAUAGGCCUAUCUAUGAUGGUGGUUGUGAGAUUCAAAGCUACGCAGUGGAAAUUACCAAGGCUGAGGAGGAGGAAUGGAGCAUAUGCACCCCACCUUACGGAGUCAGUGCUACCAAGUUUACUAUCAAAAAGUUGAUUGAACACCAAGAAUAUAAGGUACGCAUUUGUGCCAUCAAUAAAGUGGGUGUUGGUGAGCCCACUGAGCUCCAGGGAGUAGUUAAACCUAUGGAUAAGAUUGACCCUCCAGAAGUGAUUCUGGAUUCAGAGCUGAGGAAGGGAAUAGUCGUCCGUGCAGGAGGCUCAAUGAGAAUCUGCAUUCCAUUCAAAGGUCGCCCUACUCCUGAGAUAAGCUGGGCCAAGGAGGAGGGAGAACUGCCUAGUAAAGUUCAGAUUGAAACUGGUGAAGAUUACACACAGCUCUCAAUUGACAUCUGUGACAAAUAUGAUGCUGGAAAGUAUAUCCUCAACUUAGAAAAUAGCGCUGGCACCAAAUCAGCUUUUGUUUCUGUUAAAGUGCUAGACUCUCCAGGGGCUCCUUUAAAUCUCACCGUAAAAGACAUUAAAAGGGAAAGUGUCACUCUGACUUGGGAGCCUCCUCUUAUUGAUGGUGGUGCAAGAAUCAAGAAUUACCUUGUUGAAAAGCGUGAGUCCACAAGGAAGGUUUACAGUAAUGUGGACAACAAGUGCACAAAGACAAGCUAUCGUUUAACUGGCCUUACAGAGGGAACUAUCUACUAUUUCAGAGUCUUAGCAGAAAAUGAGUUUGGUGUGGGACAGCCAGCUGAGACUGAAGAAUCAGUAAAGACUUCUGAGCCCCCCCUGUCUGUGGGUAAAGUCACUUUGACUGAUGUGACAAAAACAACUGCUUCACUCUCCUGGGAGAAGCCAGAUCAUGAUGGAGGUAGCAGAAUCAUUGGUUACUAUAUUGAGAUGCAGCCUGUGGGCUCAGAGGAAUGGGUGGUAGCAGCCACAAGCAAAACUUGUGAAGGCACUGUCACAGGCCUCAGUGCAGGACAUGAGUACCUAUUUAGAAUCUCAGCCUUCAAUGAGAAGGGCAAGAGUGACCCUAGACCUUUAGCUGUGCCAGUCACUGCUAAAGAUGUAACCAUUGAGCCCAAAUUCAAAAUGCAAUUUGACACUUACAGUUUACAGCAUGGAGAGGAUUUAAAGAUUGAGAUUCCUGUGAUAGGACGACCUGUUCCCAAGGUUGAAUGGAAGAAGGAUGGACAAGCGCUUAAGGAGACAACAAGAUUAAAUGUAUCAAGCACACCAUCAUGUACUAAGCUGUACAUCAAAGAAGCAAAUAAGGAGGACUCUGGUAAAUACACUGUCACAGCCACUAGCAGCAUUGGUACAGCUAAAGAGGAGAUCACUGUUGUUAUUCUGGAUAAGCCUGGGCCACCCACAGGCCCAGUAAAGAUAGAGGAGGUGAGCUCUAAUUAUGUCACUCUCUCUUGGGAGCCACCAGAGUAUACUGGAGGCUGUCCAAUCAAUAAUUACAUUGUGGAGAAGAGAGACACUACCACCACAGCAUGGCAGAUUGUUUCUGCUACUAUUGCCAGGACGACCAUCAAAGUCACCAAUCUGAAGACUGGCGUUGAGUAUCAAUUCAGAGUGUCAGCUGAAAAUCGAUACGGGAAGAGUUCUUCCAUUGUCUCUCCUGCUGUUAUUGCUCAGUAUCCAUUUAAUGAGCCUGCUGCCCCAGGAACACCAAUCAUUUCUUCUGCAACCAAAGACAGCAUGGUUGUAGAGUGGAAACCUCCUAUCAGCAACGGAGGCAGUCCAAUUCUUGGCUAUCACCUUGAAAGAAAAGAGAAGAACAGCCUCUUGUGGACUAAACUAAACAAGCUUCUAAUCCCAGACACACGUUUCAAAACUACAGAACUAGAAGAAGGCAUUGAGUAUGAAUUCAGAGUUUAUGCUGAAAACAUUGCUGGCAUCAGCCCAGCUAGCAAGCUGUCUGAGAGCACAGUAGCAAGGGACCCUUGUGACCCACCAGGAACUCCUGAAGCUAUUGAAAUCACUAGAAACCAUGUGACCCUCCAGUGGACCAAGCCUCAGUAUGAUGGAGGGAGUGCAAUUACUGGCUAUGUGAUUGAGAGAAGGAAGCACCCAGAUACCCGCUGGAUGAAGGCCAGCUUCACCAAUAUCAUUGAUACACAGUUUACACUUACUGGUCUGACUGAAGACUGUGUGUAUGAGUUCAGAGUCUUUGCCAGAAAUGCUGCUGGCAUUUCGAGCCACCCCUCUCCGAGCACAGGAGAAAUUACUGCCAAAGAUGAAAUUGAGGCUCCAGCAGCCACCAUGGAUUCAAAAUUCAAAGAUCUGACUGUUGUUCAUGCAGGUGAGACAUUUGUCAUUGAUGCUGAUUACACUGGAAAACCUCUGCCUGAGGUAAUUUGGUUAAAGGAUGGAAAGGAGAUUGACAAAGCCACACCAAGAAUGGAGAUUAAGACCACACUCACACGUACCAUCCUGACAGUCAAGGACUGCAUCAGAGUGGAUGGUGGCCACUUUGUCCUAAAACUUAUUAAUGUGGGAGGAGUCAAGAUGAUCCCAGUUAAUGUCAAAGUUCUGGAUAGACCAGGUCCUCCAGAUGGACCACUAGAAGUCAAAGGGGUCACAGCUGAGAAAUGUUAUCUGCACUGGAACCAUCCCUCACAUGAUGGUGGAGCUGGCAUCUCUCACUACAUCAUUGAGAAGAGAGAGACCAGUCGUUUGUCAUGGACUGUGGUUGAGCCCAAGAUCCAGGCAAUCAGCUACAAAGUUACAAAACUACUGCCUGGCAAUGAAUAUAUCUUCAGAGUUACUGCUGUAAAUAAAUAUGGUGUUGGAGAGCCUUUAGAAUCAGAGCCUGUUGUUGCUCGUAACCCCUUCACCACUCCCAGUGCCCCCUCAACCCCUGAGGUCAGUGCUGUCACUAGGGACUCCAUGGCACUUACCUGGGAGAGGCCAAAGGAUAAUGGAGGAGCUGAAAUUGAGGGAUAUGUCCUGGAAAAACGUGAUAAGGAUGGCAUCAGAUGGACUAAAUGCAACAAGAAGAGGCUGAAUGACCUGAGAUUCCGAUGCACUGGUCUUACAGAGGGGCACUCCUACGAAUUCAGGGUUUUGGCUGAAAAUGCUGCUGGUCUAGGAAAACCCAGUGCACCAACUCAAUACAUCAAGGCCUGUGAUGCCACUUAUCCCCCAGGACCCCCAAAUAACCCAAAGGUCACUGACCAUUCAGGCACCACAGUUUCUCUUUCCUGGUCCAGGCCUAUCUAUGAUGGUGGUGCACAGAUCAGUGGGUAUAUUGUUGAAAUGAAAGAGGCUACAGAUGAUGAAUGGAUCAUUUGCACACCACACACUGGUGUCCAAGCCACUAACUACACAGUAAAGACACUGAAGGAGAAUACAGAGUACAACUUCCGCAUUAGUGCUGUUAACUGCGAGGGAGUAGGAGAGCAUGCAGACCUGCCUGGUUCUGUGAUUGCCGCCGAAAAACUAGAGGCUCCUGAAAUUGAACUAGAUGCUGACCUAAGGAAGAUGGUCAAUGUUCGUGCCUCUGCCACCCUGCGUCUGUUUGUGACAAUCAGAGGAAAGCCUGAGCCUGAGGUCAGAUGGUCAAAGGCCGAUGGCACUCUAAAUGAACGUGCUCAAAUUGAAGUCACAAGCUCUUACACAAUGCUGGUGAUUGAGAAUGUUGACAGAUUUGACACUGGCAAAUAUGUACUGACCCUUGAGAACCUCAGUGGCUCUAAAUCAGCCUUCAUCAAUGUCAGAGUUCUGGACUCCCCUAGUGCUCCUACCAACCUUGAAGUUAAAGAUGUUAAGAGAAAUUCUGUCUCCCUCUCUUGGGAGCCUCCUCUAAUUGAUGGUGGAGCUAAGAUAUCACAUUAUAUUGUGGAGAAGAGAGAACAGAAGAGAAUGGCUUUCACCAGUGUUUGCACCAACUGUGUCAGAAAUACCUACAUUAUUUCAGACCUACAGGAGGGAGGCCGAUACUAUUUCCGUGUGUUAGCUGUGAAUGAGCUGGGAGUAGGUCUGCCUGCCUCCACAGAUCAAGUUAAGGUGUCUGAGGCUCCUCUGCCUCCUGGUAAGAUUGUAGUGGUUGACAUUACUCGUCAUACUGUCACCCUCUCCUGGGAGAAACCUGAUCAUGAUGGAGGCAGUAAGAUUACAAACUAUAUUGUGGAGAUGCAGCCCAAGGGAGAUGACAAAUGGACUGUGUGCAGUGAAGUCAAGGCACUGGAAGCUACCAUCGUUGGACUUGCAACUGGAGAGGAAUACUCUUUCAGGGUGAUUGCUGUGAAUGAUAAGGGCAGAAGUGAUGCCAAGUCGCUAGCUACCCCUGUGGUGGUAAGGGACAUCACAAUGGAGCCCAUUAUCAACCUCUUGUUCAACACAUACAGUGUAAAAGCAGGGGAUGAUUUGAAGAUUGAUGUACCCUUCAAAGGCAGACCUCAUCCUGAGGUGUGCUGGAAGAAGGAUGGCCACUUACUUAAGGAGACAACCAGAGUAAAUGUUCUUACUUCAAAAACCUCAUCUAAGGUUGUCAUCAAGGAUGCCACCAAGGAGGAUGUAGGAAAGUAUGAGAUUACCCUAACAAACUCAGUUGGGACCAAGACAGCUGAAAUCUCAGUUAUAAUUCUGGACAAACCUGGCCCACCCAGCAACAUUAAGGUGGAUGAGGUGAGCGCUGACUUCAUCUCUCUGUCUUGGGAUCCUCCAUCCUACGAUGGUGGUUGUCAGAUUAACAACUAUGUAGUGGAGAAGAGAGACACUACUACUACCACGUGGCAAAUUGUUUCAGCCACAGUAGCCAGAACAUCAAUAAAGGUUUGUCGACUUAUUCAGUGGACAGAGUACCAGUUCCGCAUUGCAGCUGAGAACCGUUAUGGGAAGAGUCCUGCCAUUGAUUCUGCUCCUGUUGUUGCUCAGUAUCCAUUUGAGCCUCCUGGCCCUCCAACCAACAUCCAUGUUGUCAAUGCCACCAAAACUGGUAUGCUCGUGGUAUGGGGCAGGCCUGCAAGUGAUGGCGGAAGCCCUGUUACUGGUUAUCACAUUGAAAGCAAAGACCAAAGCAGCAUCUUGUGGACCAAGGUCAACAGAGGCCUGGUGACUGAGAACCAGUUUAAGAUGACAGGCAUGGAAGAAGGUCUGUUUUAUCAGUUCAGAGUCUAUGCUGAAAAUAUUGCUGGUAUUGGUCCAUGUACUAGGGCAAGUGACCCUGUGGCAGCCAGGGAUCCAUGUGAAGCUCCACACAAUCUCAGAGUGACAAACAUUACACGAAACUCAGUUUCUCUCUUUUGGGAGAAACCUGAGUACGUUGGUGGUGCAAAAAUUACUGGUUACAUUGUUGAGUGUCAAGAACUUCCCAGUGGCCGUUGGCUGAAAUGCAACUUCACCAAUAUACAAGAGACUUACUUUGAUGUCACAGGUCUCACAGAAGAUGUCCAGUAUGAUUUCCGUGUUAUUGCUAAAAAUUCUACAGAGCAGUUGAGUACUCCUUCAGAAAGCACUGGUUCUGUCACUGUCAAGGAUGACGUAGACCCUCCCACCAUAAUCCUAGAAGAUAAAUUCAGACAGCUGGUUGUUAUUAAGGCUGGAGAAAUCAUUAGAAUUGAUGCUGAAAUCACAGGGCGUCCACUCCCAGUUGUUUCAUGGUCUAAGAAUGGAAAGGAGAUUGAGGCCAAGGCCAGAUGUGAAAUCACCUCCACCAACUUCACAACCACACUGAUUGUCAGGGAUGCUAUCAGGAGGGAUUCUGGCCAGUAUGUCCUGACUCUGCACAAUGUAGCUGGAACCAGAUCUGUGGCUAUCAACUGCAAGGUUUUGGACAGACCUGGACCUGCCUCAGGACCUUUGACAGUUUCUGGUCUGACAGCAGAGAAAUGCACCCUUUCAUGGGGACUCCCUCAGGAAAACGGUGGUGCUGAAAUCAUGCACUAUAUUGUGGAGAAACGUGAGACCAGUCGCCUUGCCUGGACUCUUGUCUAUGGUGACAUGAAGGCAACUACAUGCAAAGUGACAAAAUUACUCAAAGGAAAUGAGUACAUCUUUCGAGUUAGAGGAGUCAACAAAUAUGGAGAUGGUGAGCCCCUGGAGAGUGAGCCAACAAAGGCCACUGAUCCAUACACUGUGCCUUCAGCUCCCACUAAUGUCCAGGUCACCUCUGUUACAAGUGAGGCAAUGACCAUUUGUUGGGAAAGACCUGUUUCUGAUGGUGGCAGCAGUAUCUCUGGCUAUGUAAUUGAAAAGCGAGAGAAGACUGGCCUCCGCUGGUGCCGUGUCAACAAGAAACCUGUUUAUGACCUCAGAGUGAAAGCUUCACACCUUCGUGAGGGAUGUGAGUAUGAAUACAGAGUAUUUGCAGAGAAUUCUGCUGGUCUCAGUGCUCCUAGCAUUCCUUGUCCACUCACCAAGGCAGAAGAUCCACAGUUCUUGCCCUCACCUCCUGCUAAGCCUAAAAUAAUUGACUCUACAAAGACUACAGUCACCCUGUCAUGGAAUAAGCCACUUUUUGAUGGUGGAGCACCUGUUACUGGUUACAGAGUAGAAUACAGAAAGACAUUAGAUGAUGAAUGGAUUGUUGGAGUCCAGAAUACCAAAAACACUGAGUUUACAGUGGUGGGAUUAACACCUGGAACUGAAUAUGUGUUUGUUGUCAAGUCCAUUAACAAGAUUGGAGUGAGCGAGCCCAGUCCUGAGUCAGACAAACAGAUUGCCAAAGAAAGAGUGGAGGAGCCAGCCUUUGAUGUUAGCAAUGAAAUGAGAAAGACUCUUAUUGUAAAGGAUGGGAGCUCUUUCACCAUGACAGUGCCUUUCAGAGCCAAGCCCAUCCCUAGUGUUACUUGGACUAAGCCUGACGUUGACCUUAGAGUUCGUGCUGUAAUUGAUACCACAGACACCUUCACCUCAAUCACCUUAGAAAAAGCGACUCGCCAUGAUUCUGGAAAAUACACUGUCACUCUGUCCAAUGUAGCUGGUACCUCUUCCUUGACUCUCACUGUUCGAGUUCUAGACUCACCUGGACCUCCUUCUCAUAUAGAGGUCAAGGAAGUCACAAAGACCUCUGCUACUAUAACCUGGGACACUCCCGAGAUUGAGGGAGGAGGACCAGUCAAGAAUUACCUUGUUGAUUACCGUGAGGCUAGCAAGAAAGGUUGGACUAGAUUGACUGACACAUGCCACAGACUGACCUACAAGGUGACCGACUUGCAGGAAGGAGGAGUCUACUACUUCAGAGUGACAGGCGAGAAUGAAUAUGGUGUUGGUGUCCCUGCUGAGACUAAAGAGGGAACCAAGAUCACAGAAAAACCAAGUCCACCACCAAAGCUAGGUGUAAUUGAUGUCACCAAGGAAAGUGUCUCCUUGGCCUGGGCCAAGCCAGAACAAGAUGGAGGCAGCAGAAUUACGGGCUACCUAGUAGAAGCACUGGAGAAAGGACAAGAGAAGUGGGUUAAAUGUGGCAUAACAAAAUCCAUCCACUUCACAGUGUCUGGUCUGAGGGAGAAUGCUGAGUACUUCUUCAGAGUCAGAGCUGAGAACCAUGCUGGACUGAGUGAUGCUAAGGAAAUGGCUACUCCUGUAGUGGUCAAAGACCAGCUUGAAUCUCCUGAGAUCAACAUGAAGGACUUCCCCCACAACACAGCAUAUGUUAGAGCUGGAUCUACCCUCAAGUGUGAGAUUCCAUUGACAGGCCGGCCUUUACCUAAAGUCACUCUGUCCAAGGAUAAUGUACCGCUCAAGUCAACAAUGCGGUUUAACUCUGAAGUCACUCCUGACAGCAUCAAGAUUACUCUGCGCGAGAGCGUUGCUGGAGACUCAGGCCGCUAUGAUAUCACUGCCUCCAACUCCAGUGGAACCACAAAGUCCUUUGUAAAUAUUGUGGUUCUUGACUGCCCCAGUGCCCCACUUGGGCCAGUGGAACUGUAUGAUGUCACAGAAGACAGUGUAAGCUUAAAGUGGCUCCCACCAGCAUAUGAUGGUGGCAGCCCAAUUACCAACUACAUCAUCCAGAAGCGGGAGACAACUACAGCCAACUGGAUAGACGUGUCUUCAGCUGUGGCUCGCUGCACCAUGAAGAUUAUGAAGCUAACCACUGGUCUGGAGUACCAGUUCAGAAUUAGGGCAGAGAACCGAUAUGGAAUCAGUGAACACAUUGACUCACCAACUGUCACCGUCAGCCUUCCUUACACUAUACCAGAUGCUCCAUCAACUCCAGACAUUACUGCUGUGACCAGGGAAAGCAUUACUGUAGCCUGGAAGGAGCCAAAGUCAGAUGGAGGCAGCCAUGUGUUCGGCUACCAUCUCCAGAUGAAAGACAGAAAUAGCAUCCUUUGGCAGAGAGUCAACAAAACCGUGAUCCGUGCCACACACUUUAAGGUCACCAACAUAAAUGCAGGACUUAUUUAUGAGUUCAAGGUAGCAGCAGAGAACGCUGCUGGAAUCAGUGCGUUCAGCAAGGCUUCUGAUCCAGUGUUGGCUAUUGAUGCCUGUGAGCCACCCAUCAACUUGCGCAUUACUGACAUCACUAAGAGCUCCAUUAGCCUGGCCUGGCAGAAGCCUGACUAUGAUGGUGGAUCCCCGAUCACUGGUUACAUCAUCGAGAAGAGAGAGGGUGUUAGCUCCAAAUGGUCUAAAGUUAACCUCACCAAUGUCACAGACACCCGCUUCAUUGUGACUGGCCUCACCCAGGAUGAAACCUAUGAGUUCAGAGUCAUGGCCAAAAAUGCAGUUGGUUCAGUGAGCAACCCAUCUAUGACUGCUGGACCAGCCACAUGUGUGGACACUUAUGGUGCCCCAGAGAUUGAAAUACCUCAGGAGUACCUUAAUGAAGUCAAGCACAUGGCUGGCUCUAAUGUGGAACUCAAAUUUAAUAUCAGGGCCAAACCUGCUCCCAGUAUUGAGUGGUUUAAAGAUGGCAGAGAGCUUGAGCCCACGUCUCAGCUAUCUUUCAAACACACUUUUGAGUCCACAACUGUGUUCCUGAAGGAAACUACUCGUCUUAACUCAGGAACCUAUGAAGUCAAGGUGAAGAACUCCCUUGGAUCUUCAUGUGGCCUUGUCAGGCUGCUCAUUCAAGACAAGCCAGGGCCCCCUGCAGGAGAGAUUCAGUUCAAGAAGGUGACAGCUGACAACAUCACCAUAAUGUGGUCCCCGCCUGCUGAUGAAGGUGGUGCCAUGGUAACACAUUACAUUGUUGAAAAGAGGGAGACCAGCAGGGUAAUGUGGUCCAUUGUCUCAGAGAAAUUGGUCGACUGCAUUGUGAACGUGCCCAGACUCAUAAAGGGUAACGAGUACAUCUUUAGAGUCCGUGGGGUCAACAAGUAUGGCAUCGGAGAGCCACUGGAGUCUGAGCCUGUUAUUGCCAAGAAUACAUAUGUACCUCCCAGUGAGCCAUCCAAGCCUAAAGUUAGUAUGAUCACCAAGUCGACGAUGACAGUGACCUGGGAAAGACCAGCGUUGGAUGGAGGCAGUGAUAUUGAUGGGUACUACCUGGAGAAAAGGGAGAAGAAGAGUCUACAAUGGUUCAAGGUGGUGAAGGGCACUAUCAGAGACACCAGGCAGAAAGUCACCAACCUGGUGGAGAACAAUGAGUACCAGUACAGAGUUUGUGCUGUCAACAAGGCUGGUGCAGGAAACUACUCUGAGCCUUCUGACCUCUAUAAGGCCUAUGAUCCCAUAGAUCUACCCGGUGAACCCACUAAGCUGCAUGUGGUUGACUCCACAAAGACUUCUAUCACCCUUGGAUGGGAGAAGCCUGUCUAUGAUGGUGGCAGUGAAAUUACACACUACAUUUUGGAACAGAUGAAUACAGAGGACAAAGAAUGGGUGAUUACCAACCCACAAGUCAAGACGUGUGAGUAUGUGGUGGCCCAUCUCAAACCUGGCACCUACUACUUCUUCAGAGUAUCUGCUGUCAACUGUAAGGGCAAAGGAGAAGACAUCAAAAUGUACCAGCCUGUGCAAGCCAAAGAUAUUUUAGAGGAGGCUGACUUGGAUUUGGAUGUUGCCAUGACAACUCAAUACACAGCAAAGGCUGGUCGUGAUGUGAAAGUAUUUAUCCCCCUGAAGGGACGUCCUACACCAAAUGUCACCUGGCGUCGUGGUGAUCGUAACAUGUCUGGUGACAACCGUUACACAAUCACCAGCACUGAAAGAGCCACCACACUCCUCAUCCCUAAGGUUACCCGUGAUGACUGCGGAAAGUAUGUGCUGGAGAUUGAGAAUGGUGUGGGAGAACCCAAGAUAGUUACCAUUUCUGUUAAGGUUCUUGACAGUCCAGCCGCCUGCCAGAAACUGAUGAUCAAGAAUGUGACAAGAGGAAAGCUAACACUCAGCUGGGAGCCUCCUCUCGUUGAUGGUGGCUCCCCUGUGACUAAUUACAUUGUUGAGAAGAAGGCCUCCACCAUGAAGGCUUAUCAGGUGAUUACUGAUGAGUGUUUAAAUACAAGUUACAAGGUGUCAGGCCUGGAAGAAGAUAUAGCUUACUUCUUCCGUGUGUCUGCUCAAAAUGAGUUUGGUGUGGGCGACACUUGUGAGACCACUGAGCCUGUCAGAGCAACAGAAACUCCAGGAGGGGUUAAAGACUUGGUAAUGGUAGACUCCACAAAGAACUCUGUCACCCUGCAGUGGAGCAGACCUGACCAUGAUGGUGGCAGCCACAUCACUGAAUAUAUCAUCGAGAAGAGAGCCCAGGAUGAAGUCAACUGGACUUUAGGUGCUAAAUGCAAGCGCUGCAGUUGUGAAGUGACAGGACUCAGGGAAAAUGCUCUCAUGGAUUUCAGAGUGUUUGCAAAGAAUGAGAAAGGCAACAGUGACUUCUCUCAAAUUGGUCCAAUCACAGUGAUGGACCUCAUUAUUCCACCUGAAGCCAGCCUCAUUGAUUAUCCCAAUGGAGAGCUUGCUGUUCGUAUAGGUCAAAACAUCCACAUUGAGUUACCAUUCAAGGGAAAACCAAGACCUGCAAUCAGCUGGCUGAAGGAUAAUUUCCCACUGAAGGAAAGUGAGAAGAUUCGCUUUAGGACCACUGACAACAAGACUGCGGUUACAGUCAGAGGGGUUAAGAAAGAGCAUGCUGGACAGUACACCUUGGUUCUGGACAACAGAGUUAUCAAGAACUAUUUUGACAUCAAUGUGAUCACUCUGGGUCCCCCUUCAGUGCCUACUGGCCCCAUCCGCUUUGACGAAAUAAAAGCUCAGAGUGUUAUUAUCUCCUGGGAUGAGCCGAAGGAAGAUGGAGGUGGCGAGAUCACCUGCUACAGUGUGGAGAAACGUGAAACCUCCCAGGCCAACUGGAAGAUGGUCUGUUCCAGUGUUGUCAGGACUACCUUCAAGAUUCCUAACCUGGUGAAAGGAAUGCAUUACCAGUUCAGAGUCCGUGCCGAGAAUAAGUAUGGGGUCAGUGAACCACUCAUUUCCUCAGAAAUUAUUGCCCAGCACCAGUACAAACCUCCAGGUCCCCCAGGAAAACCAGUUGCCUACAACAUCACCAGUGACGGUGUGACAAUCAGAUGGGAGGCCCCAGGUUUUGAUGGGGGUUCCCCCAUUUUGGGUUAUCAUGUUGAGAAGAAGGACAGGAACAGCCUGUUAUGGCAGAAGGUGAAUUCCACAAUCAUCUCCAACAGAGAGUACAGGAUAAUUGGUCUCAUGGAGGGUCUGGAGUACUCCUUCAGAAUCUAUGCGGAGAACAAUGCUGGACUCAGCCCUGUCAGUGAACAGAGCAAACAUGCACUCGCUAUGUCUCCUGUUGAUCCACCUGGAACACCAGUCUGCAUUGAUGUAACCAGAGACUCAGUCACCCUCCAAUGGGACAUUCCCAAGAGGGAUGGUGGCAGCAAAAUUGUGGCCUAUAACGUGGAGAGGCGCCAAGGCAGAGGCAAAUGGCUACGAUGUAACUUCACUGAUAUCAGUGAGACCCAGUUCACUGUGACUGGUCUCUCCCCUGGAGACAGAUUUGAGUUCAGAGUGAUUGCCAGGAAUGCUGUUGGCACAGUCAGUCCACCAUCCAACUCCUCUGGAUACAUUAUGACUAAGGAUGAAAGCAUUGCUCCUGAGAUUGAAUGGUCUCCAGACCAGGUGCUCACACUCAGGGCUGGAGAUAACAUUAACCUCAGCUGCAAAAUUACCGGCCGUCCAGUGCCACAGGUUGUUUGGUACAAGGAUGGCAAAGAGAUUGACAAGAGGACUAUGAUUGACAUUGAGAUUACCACUGGAAUUGGCACCAGUAGUGUGUUUAUUCGUGAUUCUAACAGGAACCACCGUGGAAUUUACACAGUAGAGGCCAAAAAUAGCUCUGGUACCAAGAAAGCUGAUGUGAACGUUAGAGUGCAAGAUACACCAGGACCCGUUGAGGGUCCUAUCCGUUUCACAGGCAUCACAGCUGAGAAGUGCACUGUGUGGUGGAACCCACCAGAGAAUGAUGGCUGUGCUGCCAUUACCCACUAUGUGGUGGAGAAAAGGGAGACAUCCAGGAUCUCUUGGGCCUUGGUCACUUCCAAGUGUGAAGCUUGCUCUUACAAUGCCACCAACCUCAUCAAGGGCAAUGAGUACCAGUUCAGAAUCUCUGCUGUCAACAAGUUUGGUGUCGGCAAACCACUAGACUCUGAUCCUAUAAUUGCAAAGAUGCAAUACACCGUUCCUGAUGCCCCUGGUACGCCAGAUGCCACCCAUGUUACUGGAGACAGCAUAACCCUGUGUUGGACCAGGCCACGGUCAGAUGGAGGCAAUGAAAUCAAACACUACAUCCUGGAGAGGAGAGAGAAGAAGAGCCUGCACUGGGUGAAGGUCUCCUCCAAGAGGCCCAUCACAGAGCUAAGGCACCGUGUCACCAACCUUACUGUGGGCAAUGAAUAUGAAUUCCGUGUUAUGGCUGAAAAUGGUGCUGGUAUUGGACCAGCCAGCAGCACCUCCAGGCUCUUCAAAUGCAGAGAGCCAACCAGUGCUCCCAGUGCUCCCACUGUAAUCAAGGUCAUUGACUCUACAAAGUCUUCUGUCACCCUGGAAUGGACCAAGCCAGUCUUUGAUGGUGGCAUGGAAAUCAUUGGUUACAAUAUUGACAUGUGUAAAGCCAGUCUGGAAGAGUGGCACAGAGUCAACAGACAGAUUUGUAUUCACACCAGGUACACUGUCACAGGCCUAGUACCUGGAGAGCUCUAUAAGUUCAGAGUCAGUGCUGUAAAUGGAUCAGGAGAGGGCGAAGCUUCAGUGAUGCCCAACCCUGUUCAAUCUUUGGACAGACUUACAUCUCCUGAAAUUGACCUUGGGCCUGAUUUCAAGCAAACUCACAUUGUAAAGAAUGGAGGCACUGUGACCCUACAUAUUGAUUUCAAAGGAAAGCCAGCUCCUCUGGCCACCUGGUCUAAGUUAGACGGUGAGCUUCCUGUAAUGGCUGAUGUCAACACCACAGAUUCAUUUUCUACUCUGACCAUUGAGAACUGCACCAGAUAUGAGGCAGGCAAGUACACUCUGUCUCUAGAGAACAACAGUGGGCGGAAGUCCAUCACCUUCACUGUUAAAGUGCUGGACACUCCUGGACCUCCAGGAGCCAUUACCUUCAAAGAUAUUACCCGCGGAGCUUUGACAGUGAUGUGGGAUGCUCCUGCCAAUGAUGGUGGAUCCCGAAUCCACCACUACAUUGUGGAGAAGCGGGAAGCAAGCCGCCUCACCUGGCAGGAGGUCAGCACCAAGUGCUCACGGCAGUUGAUCAGAGUAACUGGUUUGGAAAUUGGUGUGCAAUAUUUGUUCAGAGUGAUUGCUGUUAACCAGUACGGCCAGGGAGAACCACAUGAGAUGACGGAGCCUAUCAUUGCCACAGAAGAACCGGCACCACCCAAGAGACUGGAUGUUGUUGACACCACCAAUUCCACAGCCUCACUGGUAUGGCUGAAACCUGAGCAUGAUGGAGGUAGCCGCAUUAGAGGCUAUAUUGUUGAAUUCAGAGCUAAGGGCACUGACUCCUGGGUUGUUAGUGGUGAGACUAAGUCCCAAAAGAUGUUGGUUGAGGGUCUGAUUGAGAACACAGAGUAUGACUUCAGAGUCAAAGCCAAGAAUGAUGCUGGAAUCAGUGAGCCUCAGGGUACCUUCAGCUCUGUGGUCAUCAAGGAGCCUUGCAUUGAACCAACUGCUGAUCUUAGCAGCAUCACCAACCAGCUCAUCACCUGCAAGAUUUCCAACACCUUCACAAUUGACAUCCCUAUCAGUGGCAGACCUGCACCUAAGGUUACCUGGAAACUGGAAGAGAUGAAGCUGAAGGAGACAGACAGAGUCUCUAUAAAGACCUCAAAGGAAAGAACUACUUUGGUGGUGAAAGACAGCAAGAGAAGUGACAGUGGCAAAUACUACCUGACUCUCGAGAAUGCUGCUGGUGUGAAGACAUUCACAGUUACUGUGGCCAUAGUCGGCAGACCAAGUCCACCCACAGGACCAGUGGAAAUAUCUGGAAUCUCUUCAGAGUCCUGCACCCUAACUUGGUCUGAGCCAGCUGAUGAUGGUGGCAGUGACAUCAGCAACUACAUUGUAGAAAAACGAGAGUCUGGUUCUGCUUCUUGGCAAGUGGUGAACUCCAGUGUGAAGAGAACCACCAUCAAAGUGACUCAUCUCACAAAAUACAUGGAGUACACAUUUAGAGUGUGUGCUGAGAACAAAUUUGGAGUCAGCAAGUCCAUUGAGUCUGCACCUGUUGUGAUUGAGCAUCCAUUUGUUCCUCCAAGUCCUCCAACUCGUCCAGAUGUGGUAUCUGUGUCUGCCAAUACCAUUAGCAUCAAAUGGGACGUUCCAUAUGCUGAUGGUGGCAGCAAGGUGACAGGCUACUGGAUUGAGAAGAAGGAGAGGAACACGAUCCUGUGGGUGAGGGAGAACAAGCUGCCCUGCCUGGAGUGUCAUUACAAGGUCUCUAACCUGAUUGAGGGACUGGAGUACCAAUUCAGAGUGUAUGCCAUGAACCUUGCUGGGCUCAGCAAGGCCAGCGAGGCCUCCAGGCCUGUGGUGGCACUCAAUCCUGUUGACCCUCCUGGCAAACCUGAGGUGACGGACAUCAGCCGCUCCUCUGUGUCAUUGUGCUGGACCGUGCCCUUUAAUGAUGGAGGCAGUAAGAUCAUCGGUUAUGUGGUGGAGAGGAAAGUCUAUAGCACAGAUGAGUGGGAUGACAACCGCUGGCUUAAGUGCAACUACACCACAAUAACAGAGAACUACUUCACCAUCACAAACCUAGGAGAGGGAGAGACCUAUGAGUACCGUGUCAUCGCCAAGAAUGCUGCUGGUGUGCAAAGUGUCCCGUCAGAGUCCACCGGACCAGUCACAUGCAAGGAUGAAUAUUCUCCUCCCAAAGCUGAACUCGACAGCAAACUUAUAGGUGAAACUGUCACCAUUACCGCUGGCUCUGACCUUGUCCUGGACGGCGCUGUGGGUGGUAAACCAGAGCCUACAGUGUACUGGUCAAAGGGUGACAAGAUUUUGGAGCUUGGAGAAAAAUAUUCACUGACCUACACUGCCACCAGAGCCAUGGCUGUCAUCAAGAACUGUGACAGAUACGACACAGGCAGAUACAUUCUGACUGUCAAGAAUGCCAGUGGAAUUAAGACUGCAGCUGUCAGUGUUAAAGUUCUGGACACUCCUGGAGCUCCAGCUGAUAAGAUUGUGAUCAGCAGAGUCACAGAGGAGAAAUGUACGGUGUCCUGGAAGAUACCUCUGGAGGAUGGUGGAGACUCUGUCACUCAUUACAUUGUGGAGCGUCGUGAGACCAGCCGCCUCAACUGGGUCAUCAUGGAAACUGAGUGCAAGACACUGUCCUGUGUCAGCACUAGGCUGAUCAAAAACAAUGAAUACAUCUUCAGGGUUAGAGGAGUCAAUAAGUAUGGGCCUGGAGUUCCUUUGGAGUCUGAUCCCAUCAUUGCCAGAAAUGCUUACACAAUCCCCUCCCAGCCAGGCACACCAGAGGCCACUGCAGUGGGUAAGGAGCAUGUCAUCAUUGAAUGGCUGAAGCCUGAGAGUGAUGGAGGAAGCGAGAUCAAAAACUACAUAGUUGAGAAACGAGAGAAAAGCAGUACCAGGUGGACCCGGGUAAAUAAGACUUAUACCAUCUAUGACAUCCGUCUGAAGAUCACGGGUCUACUAGAGGGAAGCGAGUACCAGUUCAGGGUGACAGCAGUCAACUCUGCUGGAUACAGCCAGCCAAGUGACGCCUCACCAUACAUCCUGUGUAAAGACCCCACAUAUACCCCAGCUCCUCCAUCAGUGCCUCGUAUUACCGACACAACAAAGCACAGCAUCACAAUGACUUGGACCAGGCCCAUGUAUGAUGGUGGAUCAGACGUCACCGGCUACAUGGUGGAGAUUCUAGAGGAGGGUACUGAGCAGUGGUACCGUGCCACUGCCAAAGCUCUCAAGACUAAUGCUUAUGUGGCUGCUGGUCUGGCAGCCAAUAAGAAGUACAGAUUCAGAGUUGCUGCCAUUAACAGCAAUGGCACUGGGGAGUUCAGUGAACCAAGUGCUGAGGUGGAACCACUGGAGAAAAUUGAAAUGCCUGACCUGGAGCUGGCUGACGACCUAAAGAAAACAGUGUGUCUCCGUGCUGGAGGCACCCUGCGCCUGUUUGUGUCUGUUACUGGUCGACCGACACCAGUCGUGGCCUGGAGGAAGACAGGGGUAGAACUGCAGAGCCGUGGUUAUAUUGAGACUACUGAUAGGUACACCUCACUGAUAGUGGAGAAGGUUGAUCGCUACGACUCUGGAAAAUACGUUGUAGAGGCAGAGAACCCGUCUGGAAAAAAGACUACCACCAUCCUUGUUAAAGUCUAUGACACUCCUGGCCCUCCAGGUUCAGUUAAGGUGAAGGACUACACCAAGGAAUCUGUUGUGAUCACCUGGGAUGUCCCCAGCAUUGAUGGUGGCGCUCAUGUCAGCAACUACAUCAUAGAGAAGCGUGAGGCCAACAUGAAGUCAUAUAAGACUGUAACCACUGAGUGCAGGAAAACCCUUUACAGGAUCACAGGUUUGGAGGAGGGUGUGCACUACUUUUUCAGAGUCCUGCCAGAGAAUAUUUAUGGUGUUGGUGAGCCCUGUGAGACAGCGGAGGCUGUACUGGUGUGUGAAGUGCCCUCAGUGCCUGUGACGCUUCAGAUUGUUGAUGUUACCAAAUCUUCUGUCACUUUGCACUGGGAGAAGCCUUUGCAUGACGGUGGCAGCAAUUUGACAGGCUACAUUAUAGAAGCCUGCAAGGUGGGCUCUGACAGAUGGAGUGCUGUGGCGACAGUUAAGGCCUCAGUGUCCCAGCACACUAUCCAGUCUCUGACGGAGAAUGACCAAUACCUGUUCAGAAUCCGAGCCACCAACAGCAGGGGGGCCAGUGAACCCAUGGACAUCAUCACUCCAGUGAUCAUCCAAGAGAUCAAGGUGAUGCCCAAGAUUGACAUGACGAGUAUCCCUCAGAAGAUAGUUCAGGUGCACCGUGGCAAAGCCAUCGACCUCAACAUCCCAAUAAAGGGCAAACCACAGCCGGUCUGCUCAUGGUACUUUGGCGGUGUGAAGCUGAAGGACACCCUGGACCGCAUCAAGAUUGACAGCAACGGGAAAUACACCCACCUGGUCAUCCGUGAUACCACCAUCAAUGACACAGGAGACUACACACUAGAGGUGAAGAAUGCCAUUGGCAUGGCAACCGAGGUUAUCAAGGUUAUUGUCCUGGACAAACCGGCUAUCCCUGUUGGUCCAAUGAAGAUAGAGGAAGUUGACGGCAUUUCGGUGACAGUUAGCUGGCAACCCCCAGAGAAAGAUGGUGGUGCCAAUGUCAGUGGAUAUGUCGUUGAGCAGCGUGAUGCCCACCGGCCUGGUUGGACCACCAUCUCAGAGUCAGUGACAAGACCCUGCUUCAAAUUCACUAGGCUCUCUGAAGGAACUGAGUACGUGUUCCGUGUUGCAGCCAUGAAUCGCUUUGGUGUUGGUGGCUUCCUGCAGUCUGAUGUGGUGGAGUGCAAGAGCACCAAGACUAUCCCUGGACCUCCAAGCAGGCCAGAGGUGCUUGAUGUCACCCAUGAGGGCAUGACCCUGACCUGGAAACCACCUGUGGACAAUGGUGGAUCCACCAUUGCUGGCUAUAUCAUAGAACGUAAAGAGGCCCGUUCUGACAGGUGGCUGAGGAUCAACAAAAACCCUGUUACUAUGACCAGGUACCGUUCCUCUGGACUGAUUGAGGGCCUGGAGUACGAACACCGUAUCACAGCCCUAAACUCUAGAGGAGCUGGGAAACCCAGCGAGAGUUCUGUCAUAACCGUGGCUAUGGAUCCCAUCGAGCCUCCAGGUCCUCCAGUCCAGCCUAGAGUCACCGACACUACCAGGACUUCAGUCUCUUUAGCCUGGCUUCCACCAGAAGAGGAGGGUGGUUCUAUCAUUACUGGUUACUUCAUUGAAAUGCAGAAGGUGGACCAGGUGGAAUGGACACUGUGUAACACUACCCCCACCAAGAUGUGCGAGUACACCCUCACCCACAUGCCACAAGGUGCUGAAUACAAAUUUAGGAUCAUCGCCUGCAAUGUUGGUGGCUGCGGAGAACCUGCUGAGAUUCCCGGAGUGGUUAAGGUUCAAGAGAUGCUUGAUUAUCCUGACUAUGAGCUGGAUCCUAAAUAUGAGGAGGGCUAUGUGGUCCGGCAGGGUGGAGUCAUCCACCUAUCUGUACCCAUUAAAGGUAAACCCAUCCCUACAUGCAAGUGGACCAAGGAUGGUCGUGACAUCUCCCAUCGGGCCAUGAUUGCUACUCAUGAUGACAUCACUGAGCUGGUUAUCAAAGAGGCGCAUAAAGAUGACACUGGUACCUAUGAUUUGGUGCUGGAGAACAAAUGUGGCAGGAAGGCUGUGUACAUCAAGGUGAAGGUAAUUGGUCGCCCAGAUGCCCCAGAAGGUCCUCUGGAAUUUGAUGACAUUCAGGCGAGAUCUGUGAGGGUCAGUUGGAGGCCACCGUCAGAUGAUGGUGGUGCAGACAUCCUGGGAUACAUAGUGGAAAGGCGGGAGGUGCCCAAGGCUGCCUGGUAUACCGUGGAUGCUCGGGUGACUGGGAGCUCUCUAGUAGUGAAGGGCCUAAAGGAGAAUGUGGAGUACCACUUCAGGGUUUCUGCUGAGAAUCAGUUUGGUGUCAGCAGAGCUCUAAAGUCUGAAGAGUCUGUCAAACCAAAGACACCACUUUGCCCACCUGAACCUCCCAGCAACCCACCAGAGAUCAUGGAUGUUACCAAGUCCACAGUGUCUCUGUCCUGGGCCCGGCCCCGUGAUGAUGGAGGCUCUCGUGUCACUGGAUACUAUGUUGAAAGAAGGGAAGUUUCAACAGAGAAGUGGGUCCGCCACAACAAGACCCACAUCACCACCACCAUGUUCAAUGUCACUGGUCUCAUCCCUGAUGCUGAGUACAUGUUCAGAGUGGUGGCUCAGAAUGACAUCGGACAGAGUGAACCUGGACCUGUUUCAGAAUCUGUAGUCUGCAAAGAUCCAUUUGACAAACCUAGCCAACCAGGAGAGAUUGACAUCGUCUCUGUCACUAAAGACUGUAUCACCAUCCACUGGCUCAGACCUGAGCAUGAUGGUGGCAAGGAGAUCCUGGGUUACUGGAUUGAGUUUAGGCAGGCUGGAGAGAGUGCCUGGAAAAAAUGCAACAAGGAGCGCUCAAAGGAUCGUCAAUUCACCAUGGGUGGCUUAAUGGAAGCCACUGAGUAUGAGUUUAGAAUCUUUGCUGAAAAUGAGACUGGACUCAGCCGACCUCGCCGCACAGCCAUGGGCAUCAAGACCAAACUGAGCGUUGGUGAGGCUCCAGCAUUGACCGAAGACAUCCAAGAUGUAACAACCAAGCUUGGAGAGUCUGGUACUCUGACUUGUGGCAUUAUUGGCAGACCCCUGCCUGAGAUUAAGUGGUACCGCUUUGGCAAGGAACUAAUACAGAGCCGCAAGUACAAGAUGAGUUCAGAUGGUCGUAACCACUCCCUUAACAUCCUAACAGACGAACAGGAAGAUGAGGGCCUGUACACCUGCAGGGCAAUCAAUGAGGCUGGAGAGAUAGAGACCAGUGGCAAACUGCGUUUGCAGGCAGCCCCCCAGUUCCACCCUGGCUUCCCCCUGAAGGAAAAGUACUUUGCUGGGGCUGGCACCAGUCUCCGUCUCCAUGUUGUUUAUAUUGGUCGUCCCAUCCCACAGAUCAUGUGGUUCUAUGGCAAGAAGCCUCUGAAUCCCUCUGAAAAUGUGAUCAUUGAAAACACAGAGAGCUAUACCCACCUGGUGGUGAGAAAUGUUCAGAGAAAGACCAAUGCUGGUCGCUACAAGGUGCAGCUCAGCAAUUCGUUUGGAACUAUCGACACUGUGCUACGUGUAGAAAUUCAAGACAAGCCAUGCAUUCCUGAGGGUCCCCUAGUUGUUGAAGCCCUGCUUAAGAGCUCAGUUAUCAUCAGCUGGAAGGUUCCCAGUGAUGAUGGAGGAUCCGUGAUUACCAACUACAUUGUGGAGAAACGUGAGGCCAAAGAAGGUGAACAGUGGUGCCUAGUGUCCUCCUCUGUCCCUGGCACCACCUGUCGUGUCCCCAACCUGACAGAGAAUGCUGGGUACUACUUCAGAGUCUCAGCUCAGAAUCAAUAUGGGGUCAGCGAGCCUCUGGAGAUCCCUUCAGUGGUCAUUAUCAAGAGUCCAUUCGAAAAACCUGGCAUCCCACAGCAGCCGUUCAUUAUCAGCUCCACUGCGGACUCCUGUGUUGUCUGCUGGAAGCCUCCGAGCAGUGACGGCGGAGCUAAAAUCACAAACUACUAUCUGGAGAAACGUGAAAAGAUACAGAAUAAGUGGAUGUCAGUAACCACCAAGAAGAUUGUAGAGACCAGCUAUGAAGUAACAGGCUUGAUUGAAGGCUUUGAGUACGAGUUCCGUGUCAAAUGUGAGAACAUUGGUGGUGAGAGCGAAUGGAGUGAGAUCUCUGAACCUAUCAUCCCCAAGUCUGACCAAGCUCCUCGUGCUCCCACAUUCAGAGAGGAGAUCAGAGACAUGACUGUCAAAUACCACGCCAGUGCCACCUUUGUCACUAAGGUGGUGGGCUAUCCAAAGCCUUCUGUGAAAUGGUACCGCAGUGGAAAGGAGAUCUUGGCAGAUGGAACUAAGAUCAAAGCCCUGGAAUUCAAGGGAGGCUACUACCAACUUGUCAUCACUGCUGCUGAUGAGAAUGAUGCCACAGUUUACCAAGUUAGAGCAACUAACUCCUCAGGAUCCAUCUCUACUACAGCCAACCUGGAGGUGGAAGUUCCUGCUAAGAUCUAUCUGCCUAAAGAGCUCCAAGGAAUGGGUGCAGUCCAUGCUGUCCGUGGUGAUCACAUCACCAUCAAGAUCCCCAUCUCUGGCAAACCUGAGCCAGCAGUUACUUGGCAGAAGGGUCAGGAGAUCCUCUCCAACUCUCCUUAUCACCAAGUCAUCACUACAAGGUCUUUCACAUCCCUUGUAUUCCAGAAGGGAGUCCAGAGGAAGGAUACUGGUUACUACAUUAUUACUGCAAAGAAUAGAUUUGGAAUGGACAAGCAAACCAUUGAGGUGAAUGUAGUUGACAUUCCUGACGCUCCCAAAGGGCUUGUGGUCAGCGAAAUUGCAAGAGAUUCUAUCACUCUUACCUGGGAGCCCCCUGCCAGUGAUGGUGGAAGCAACAUUGUUAGCUACAUUGUGGAGAAGUGCCCCACCACCAGUGACAGGUGGAUUCGUGCUGGACAAACUGCUGACUGCAGUAUCACUAUCAUCAACAUAUUUGGAAAGACCAAAUACCAGUUCCGUGUUAUUGCUGAGAACCAGUUUGGCCUGAGCCCUCCAUCUGAACCAACCGAGCCCAUCACCACAAAGGAAGAUAAGUCUGUGAUUAGGAACUAUGAUGAGGAAGUGGACGAAGCAAGAGAAAUUACUAAAGAGGAGGCUCUUUUCUACAAGGUAAAGGAACUCUCCUCAAAGUACAUCAUCUCUGAGGAGCUUGCUCGCUGCCAGUUUGGUGUGGUACACCGUUGUGUUGAGAUUGCCACAAAGAAGACCUACAUGGCCAAGUUUAUCAAGGUCAAAGGAACUGACCGUGAGUUAGUUUUAAGGGAAAUUGAGGCCCUUAAUCUUGGAAGGCACAAGAAUAUCAUCUACCUGCAUGAAUACUUUGAAAGCAUGGAGGAGAUCAUCCUCAUCUUUGAAUUCAUAUCUGGAGUUGACAUCUUCGAGCGCCUUGGUACCAGCAACUUUGAGCUUACAGAGCAAGAGAUUGUCCGGUACCUUAGACAAGUCUGCUCUGCUCUCAAGUUCCUGCAUAGCCACAAUUUUGGCCAUUUUGAUAUCCGUCCAGACAGCAUUGUGUACACCACAAGGAAAAGUACCAACAUUAAGAUCAUUGAGAUGGGCCAGGCUAGGCUUCUGGUGCCAGGAGAAAACAUCAGAAUGAUGUUUUCAGCACCAGAGUACUACGCCCCAGAGGUCCACCGCCAUGACUUGAUCACAACAGCCACUGAUAUGUGGUCUGUUGGUGUUAUGGCCUACGUUCUACUCAGUGGCCUUAAUCCAUUUGCAGCAGAGUCUACAACAAAGAUGAUUGAGAGCAUCUCCAACUGUGAGUAUGUCUUUGACAGUGAGGCAUUUAAGGAUAUCAGCCUGGAGGCUAUGGACUUUGUGGACAGACUUCUUGUCAAGGACAGGAAGCUUCGCAUGACAGCCCAUGAGGCUCUGGAGCACCCAUGGCUCAAGAUGAAGAUUGAGCAUGUUAGCAACAAGGCGAUCAGGACACUGAGGCACAGAAGGUACUAUCAGACUCUGGUAAAGAGGGUUGAUACUAUUGUAUCAGCAGCUCGUGUGGCAUAUGGUGGUGCUUUCAAGAACCAGAGGGGAUUGGCUGUUGGUAAAGUGAAGAUUGGAACUGAGUACCAUGGCCUCCGUCCUGGUCCAGUCAUGCAUGCCUCAGCUGAACCAGGUGGUUAUGCAAGAUUCACUUGCACCAUUGCCAACUAUGACAAGAGUACACAGGUGUCAUGGUACUUUGGUAACCAUCAGCUACACACAAGCCACAAGUAUGAGAUUACGUAUAGUAAUGGCUUUGCCAGCAUCUACGUAAAGGACAUUGAAGAAAGUGAUGAUGGUGUGUACAGGUGCAAAGUGGUGAGUGAUGAUGGAGAAGACAGUGCUUAUGGAGAGCUCUUUGUUGAGACAGUGAGGAGCAUUAGAGAGCACUAUCUUAGCCGGUCCAUCAAGAAAUUAAGGAGGAGAGUUGACAAGACUAAACUUCUGCAGAGACCACCAGAGUUCACUUUGCCUCUCUACAAUCGCACUGCAUUCAUCGGUGAAGAUGUGCGCUUUGGUGUUACUGUUACUGUGCAUCCAGAGCCUCAUGUAGUUUGGCUUAAAAAUGGUGAAAAAAUCAAGCCAGGUGAUGAUGACAGCAAGUACACAUUCACCAGUGAUAAGGGUCUAUACCAGCUCAUGAUCCAUAACCUGGACAUGACUGAUGAUGCUGAAUACACUGUUAUGGCCCACAACAAGUUUGGAGAAGAUAGCUGCAAGGCCCGUCUCACUGUGGCACCACAUCCUAUGAUGGAGGAAACUAUGAGGCCCAUGUUCAAACGUCUUCUGGCUAAUGUUGAGUGCAUUGAGGGACAGAGUGUCCACUUUGAGCUCAGAGUCUCAGGAAUACCACCUCCUGAUCUGAAAUGGGAAAAGGACGGUCAUCCCCUACAGUUUGGUCCCAAAGUGGUUGUCAUACAAGAGGACAUUGACUGUCAUAUCCUUCACAUUAGAGAGACUUUGCUUGAGGACUCUGGUGUUUACAGAGUUACUGCAACCAACUCUGCUGGCACUGCAAGCUGUCAGGCAACACUGAAGGUUGACCGCAUUACCUAUACAAGGAGAGAGUAUAAGAGUGAGGAAGAGAAAUACACAUACAUACAGAAACAAAUUGAAAAGACCAACAAGAUGGCUCAGAAAAUUGUUGCAACUGAGGAGCUGCUACCUCUUAAUCCUACUGCUCAGGAAGCUCUCAAAUAUGCUGCAGAGAUUUACAAGCCAGCAGUGAGCACCAAGAAUGUUGAGGGUGAAUUUGACAUCACAGAUGAGAAGUCAGAGACCAAGAAGUUGGAAGAGGAGAGGAGGAUCUUCAUGCCCUAUGAAAUUCCUGAGCCUGUGGUUCAUGAUCCCAGAGUUCUGGAUGAAGACAAAGGUAUCAAACAGUUUGUACCUCUGUCAGACAUGAAGUGGUACAGAAAGCUGAGAGAUCAGUAUGAGAUCCCAGAGAGGAUGGACAGGAUUGUGCAAAAGAGGCAGAGACGUAUUCGUCUGUCCAGAUGGGAGCAGUUCUAUGUCAUGCCCCUCCCUAGAAUCACUGACCAAUAUAGGCCAAGAUGGCGCAUUCCAAAACUCACUCUAGAUGAUCUGGAGACUGUCAGACCUGCACGCCGCACUCCCUCUCCUGUAUCUGAGGUGUCAUUCAGAUCUAGGAGGAGAUCUCUGGGAGACCUUAGUGAUGAGGAGCUGUUCAUGCCUGUGGAUGACUACCUUUCCAUGAGGAGAAAAGAGGAGGAAAAAAUUAUGCUGGAUGAUGAACUGGAGCUUGGCUUUUCAGCCUCACCAGCUGGCAGCCCAGUCCAUAUUGAGCGGCGAGCGAUGGAACAUGAAGAAAGAAGGCAGGAAGUUAGACAUGAGAUUGUUGAGGCUGCUGAGACAAAGAAGAAACGUACGAUCUCUCAAUAUAUGAGAAGGAGAAGGUCGCUGUCACCCACUUACAUUGAGCUGAUGCGUCCCGUUUCAGAACUGAUCAGACCGCCACAUGCUAGGCUUCCUGUGGAAGUAGAGGGAGAGAUCGUGGGGAGGAGGUCCCCUACCCCAGAGAGAACCCGUCCCCGAUCUCCCAGCCCCGUCAGAUCAGUUGAGAGGACAUCACGUUCCUCCUCUAGGUUUGAGCGGUCUGCCCGCUUUGACAUCAUGUCUCGUUACGAGGCCAGAAAGGCUGCUCUGAAAUCUGAGAGGAAGUAUCAGUUGGUCAGUCAGACACCUUUCAGCUUGGACCAUGCUCCACGUGUGACUGUUAGGAUGCGUUCUCAUCGUAUCCCAGUUGGUCAAGACACCAAAUUCACCCUGAACGUACAAGCUAAGCCAGAGGCUGAGGUCAUGUGGUUCCACAAUGGAAGUGCUAUCUCUGAAAGCAGUGAGAAAUACAUCUUCACGAACAUGAGUGGUGUCUUAUCCAUCACUAUUCUGGACUGUCAGGAAGAGGAUAGUGGCACAUAUCGCUGUGUAUUUUCCAACUCCAAGGGAGAAGCUUCAGACUACGCCACCCUGGAGGUGUCAGGUGGUGGCUACACAACUUUCGCUUCUCGCCGCAAGGAUGAGGAAGCUCCCAUAGCACAUGUCCCUGAAGUCAGUCGAAUUGACCACUACCACACCUCCCACUUCAAAGCUGGUUAUGCAUCACAGACCCACUUUGAAGUAGAAGAGAGUAAAUCUAAGUUAACCGAGACACGUGAGGUACUCAUACAUGAAAGAUAUGGCGCCUCCUCUGAGAGAUACUCCUCUGCUGAGAGAUAUGAUUCAGCUAUCAAGUAUGCUUCCACUGAAUACCUGUCAUCUAGUUCAUCCUAUUCAUCAGAUAAGUUUUCUCUGACUGGGAAGCACACCACAUCUGAAGCUAAACUCAAAUCAUCCGUUGUUACUGCUGAUGAGGAAGUUUCUCUUCAGAAAGCAAAACUUUCUCUUCCAGCCAGAAUUCUCACUAAGCCCCAGUCUGUGACAGUUGAGGAGGGAGGAACUGCCAGAUUUUCCUGUGAUAUUGAUGGUGAGCCUGCACCCACUGUAACAUGGAUGCAUGAAAGCAGAACUAUUGUCUCAUCCCACCACAUUCAGGUCACCACAACCCAGUACAAAUCCAGCCUGGAGAUCUCCUGUGUGACAGCCUCCCAUGAAGGCAGUUACACGGUGGUGGUAGAGAACUCAGCGGGCAGACAGGAAGCUCAUUUUACUUUAACCAUCCACAGACCAACUCCCAAGCAGGAAGUCAAAACAGUCAAAUCCCCUGAGCCAUCUCUGAAGUCACCCACUCCAAGUGUAAAGUCACCUGAGCCAUCCCCUGCUCCCUCCAUAACAUCCCCUGUUCCCAGUGUAAAGUCACCAGAGCCUAGUAUCAAAUCUGCUGAGCCCUCAGUUAAAUCACCAGCUCCAAGUGUAAAAUCCCCUGAACUAAGUGUAACAUCUCCUGCUCCAAGUGUGGAGUCACCAACACCAAGUCUGAAGUCUCCAGAACCAGAGGGAAUGAAAUCUCCUAAGAGCAUAAAAUCUCCUGAACCAACUGCACCCUCUCCUGCACACAGCUUAAAAUCAGCUACUCCAAGUGUCAAAUCUCCUGAGCCUGAGGGACUUAAGUCACCACGGGGUCUAAAAUCUCCUGAACCACGACUCAAGUCACCACCACCAAUCAAGCAUCCAGGGUCACUGGAACCUGAGGAAGUAAAAUCACCCCGGGGUGUCAAAUCUCCAGAACCUACAGGAAUCAAAAUGCCAAGAGGUGUUAAGUCCCCAGAACCUGCUGGACCCAAAAUACCAAAAGGUAUUAAGUCCCCAGAACCAACAGGCAUUAAAUCACCUCCCCGAAUGAAAUCUCCUCCUCCCCUCAUGUCCCCCAAGAGAGUUGUGUCUCCCCCUACUGUAAAAUCCCCAAUCCCAAAACCUCCCAAGAUCAUCAGUCAGCUAACAGCAGAAGCCUGUGAGGGCUCAGUGAGGAUGUCCUGUGUCUGUGAGAGCAGCGUAAAAGAGGUGGUGUGGUAUGUCAACGGGAAGAGGCUUUCACAGAGCAGCCACUUUGAGAUGCACUACACUGAGGGCUCCUGCAGCCUUCUGAUCCAUGAUUUGGCAGACCGUGAUCAGGGAGAGUACACCUGCGAGGUGACAUCAGAAGGAGGAAUAUCCAAGUCCUCUUUCAGCUUCACUGGACAGGUGUUUCAAUCAAUUCGCAAGAAGAUUACAGCUUAUUAUGAGCAGCAGAUGGCACUUAAAGGAUCAAUGUUGAUGAGUCACAAGGAGUCAUCAUCAUCAUCAUCUUUGAGCUCAUCUACGAUGAUAAAGAAAGAAAUCCACACAACGGAGGAGUCUUCCGCCUUUUCUUCUUCUUCCCAGCAGGCCAUGAUGUCAUCCAUGAUGGAGUCUAGCUCCUUCAGCAGCAUGGCAGCUGAGAUGAAGUUUGAGACCAUGUCCAUGUCCAGCAUGUCCUCCGUGACAUCUGAGACAUACGCCAUGAGCUCCAGUAGCCUCACAGAGAUGGCCUCCCACAUGGAGGGAUCACUGAGAGCUCUUGGUUCUGCUCCAAGGAUCGAAGCUCUCCCAGAGGACAUCAGCAUUGAGCCAGGCAAAGUCCUGACAGUUGCCUGUGCCUUCUCCGGUGAUGCCAGACACAUUGAGUGGUCCCGUGGCGGCAAAACAAUCCAGUUGACUGCUGACGGACGCUUCCACAUUGAGACCACUGAAGAUUUAACCACCCUCAUCAUCACUGGGGUGAAGGAAGAGGAUGCUGGAAGCUACACCCUCAAACUGUCAAAUGAGCUUGGAUCUGAUACAGCAACUGUUCAAAUUAGUAUUCGAUCGGUGUAGAAAAAAAUAGCUCUUCAGAACUUCCCCUUUUUCCUUUUUUCAUGUCUUUUUAUUUAAUCAAGCAAAAGAAUCUACUUGAUAAAGAUCUGGAUUUCUGUUCUUGUAUAUAUGAACUAUUUUUGUACCUAUCUUGACUAUAAUUUUUGCCAAACUAGACUAAAGUCUAAAGUUGUUAUAAAUGUGCCAUAUUGGAUAACUAUGACUUAGGAUUUUUGAUCCGUUAUUCUGUGACAUGUACAUAAUGUAUAUAGCCGAAUUUACCGGUUAUGGAAGUGUAUGCAUUGUUAUUUAUGACAAUAAUAUUAACUGAAGCAAAAUGAAACUAUAUAUGGUUUAACAGGAGAAAGUUUCACCAGGAACGAAUACCCUGUUAAACUAAGAAACUAAACUUUGUGCCUCAACGAUAAGUUGAAGUCUUAAGAUUGCCUCAACAGGUAGAGAGGCUCCCUGUUGAUGUUAACUCAAUCAGAGACAAAACUAUGAAUACACUGCUGGAGAGAGCAGUGCUUUAGCAUUGUAACAGCAGCGUGAGAUCCUGAGUGCUGUUUGCAUUUACCCUCAUGUAAACAGGACGACUGGACCUCGUGCUCCGACUGAUUCUGUCAUACUGCCAUUUCAUUGACAUGCUCAGAGUGCAAGCGGCCUGCACUCCAUGAGCACAAGUGUUUCCUGUUUGUUUUGUGCUCUGCGUCUGGCAAACAACCACUGAUCAGACUCUUCUGUCGUACCAUCAACCUGGCCAAUCACUUUAAAUAAGAGUCCCUCCUGUGCUCGUUUGCAGAGACAGAGCUGUCUCUUGGAGGUGUGCAGUGUGUUUGUGUGUUAGUUUUUAGAAGUUCACUGUCAGUCAAGCUGGGUGCUGCAAAGCAGAAGUAUGAAACCAACUACUGCUGCAUUCAACAAAGAUGGAUUAAAGUGUAGUCCCACGUGUCGCCCUUGCACUUGAAGGGUUUGAUUGAAGUUUGAGUUGUAGUGUUGACUAUUUUCGCAACCUCCUUGAGUCUUUCCUCCAAUUAUUUCUUUAAUAAAGCAUGAUUAUCAGCACUA